AUGGGACAAAUUUCGCCACAAGAACGACGAUAUUCCGGGAACCAUUCGGCGAAACGUUCCACAAAGUAAUAGCAAUCCGAUCGGGAACAAUCUGCACGUUUUGGUAAAUUUUUGUCUAUGUAGUGUAAAAACUGUGGGAGGAGUUAGGGUGGCAAAUUUGGCUAUAAUAAGAAUAAGAAUAUAUAUGUGAGAUAACAUUAAGUGGUCUUGCUAUGCAAGAACACUUAAUAAGAAUAAGAAUAUAUAUGUGAGAUAACAUUAAGUGGUCUUGCUAUGCAAGAACACUUAAAUAGGCCAGUUCUGGUUAGAUGGUGGAAUUUGUGUGGGGCUGGGUAGACCAUGGACAAAACGUCUUUUCUGACGGUCCAGCAUUCAUGUGUAAAUCCCAUAAUAUCUGUGGGAGGCACUGACUGAGCCAUCUCAUGUAUGCUAAUUUUAUUUCUUGUAAAUCUUUUAUUAUUGAAUGCAUUUCUUUCAAACUCGUUCCACUUCUUAUGUGUGUCACUGUUAGCAUUAGUACAGAGUUGCACGUGGGUCAUUUACCACACUGGAAAUUGAGGAGAAUUGACCAGGGAUAUAUCCAGAAUUCUCAGAUAUCUCCAGAAUCUCAAGAAAUCUUUGCUAAGAUGUGAGGUGGAAGCUAAUGGUUUCUGUGUUCCUUGGAGCUGAUUCACUGAAUAUGUUAAACAAAGCAUAAUAAAAUAAAAACACAGCCAGCCAGACAAACAGACGUACAGCCGGGUAGGCAGCCAUACUACAAAUGUCUGUCCUCUUCCUCCAAUCAGCAGCCUCUAUCUCCCAGAAGCUCAGCUCACAUUGUUAUCCAUCUCCAUGCAUACAGAGUGGUGGAGGCAAGUCCAGGGACACAGACAGUGAAAUGAAUGCGUGGCUAAGGAAACAGUUAAUGCUGCAGACAUUUAAAAAACAAAACUAAAUACAACUGAGCAAUGGCAAAAAUACAGUGCACAUAUGGGGCCAAUGAGCAUAAGUUGUGUUGGUGGCAAUAAUGUCCCUUUAGCUUAAAUCCUGCCUCCGAACACUGUCCAUUUAAAUGCCAGGGUUCAUUUGUGCCAUAUUGGGAUCAUUUGUCCAUUAUUUUAUUUAUUAAUAUUGUUUUUGUUUCUUUUUGUCAGCCUUGCGCUCCAUCCAGAAAGAACGCUAGUUGCCACAGGACAGGUGGGAAAAGAUCCUUAUAUCUGCAUAUGGGAUUCAUACACCGUGCAAACCGUGUCCAUUCUGAAAGAUGUGCACACACAUGGAGUAGCUGGCUUGGCGUUUGAUUCCGAUGGACAGGUUUGUAUCAUUAAACAUAUUGGACAGUAUCACUAUAUAAAAUGGGAGAUCCUUUACAGUUGAAUAAAUCCACUGCCUUAAAAAAAAUGUAAUACAGGGUAAACAAUGUAUGUACAAAUCAUUAUUUUUAUUGUAUGUUGCAUCACAGUGCAAACUGACAUAUAUUACAAUGGAACACUCAUUACAGCCACUCCCAACGCCUGCACAGCUAUAUACAUUAUUGGGAAUACAUGUAGAAUUCCCAAUAAUGUAUAUCCUCUGAGUGAGUAAAUGAAAAAUGAUGUUACAUAGCGUAAUUUCAAAACAAAGCCUUUCCCACUUUGUUGGCCUAGAAGACUUGGAUCUUUAGAAGUACUGCUAAAUGUACGAGGAUGUUCCUUAAUUGAUUAUAACAAAUUCAUCUCUAAAGCAUCUUUUAUAAUAUAGAUUAUUUUUGCUUCCUGCAGUUGAGGAGCAUUGCUCAAUGGCCUCACAUUCAAGCAUCCACUUUAGCUCACUUGUCAUUAAACUAUGUCUUAUCAUAUAUAAGUAUCAAUUUAUUUUAAUUAUUAUUUACUUUAUACCAUAUGUAAUACCAACUUCAACUUUUGAUUGGAAGGAACUGACCUGUAUUUUCACUUAGAAUACUGAUAUGGGGAAUCACUUAAAUCUGUGGAUUGGUUAGAAAUCUUCGUGGAAUAUGCUGUUAAAUCAUCUAUAUAAAUAUAUAUUCGCCCUGUGACUUCCCCAAAGAAACUGGAAAAUCAGUACAUGGAUGCACUGUUCAUGAGACAUUGCUAAAAAAGGAAUAAUGGGGCUUUCUUGCACUAACACAUAUCAGGAUUUAGAAAUUUCCUGUGAAAAUGCAAUUCAUGAGUAUGAAAAACCACUAAAUGGGGCCAGCACAGGUGAGAAAGUGGUUUACUGAAAUAUCUGAAAAUACCCCAUUUUGAAUACCCUUGGUUUUCCAGCUUUAAACAUUGUAAUGUUACAAGAACAGAGUAUUAAAGGACAUCUCAAUUACUGAAAAUGUGCAGAUCUCCCACAGAUACCUGCUGGAGGAUAUGUAGUCUUCAUGGUACAUAUCUGAUCAUGAUAGACUCAUUCCACUAUGCAAACAUGUUGGCACCUAUUUGCCUGGAUCUGUGGAAAUAUUUGUUAUCUAAACCCUAACAUUUACUUACAUCUGUGGAACACGAAUUGUGGAAAUGGAAUAAAUUACUGUCUGGUCAAUACACAAACUGAGCCUACAAUAAGAAUAUACAGUAGUCUUUUUUUAGGGCAGUCACCUUAGAUUUGGUUUUGCAACAAGUUCAUAUUAUCAAAAUAAGUUAAUGUAUUAGUAGGGGUAAAUAUGUGUAAACACAUGUAUCGCAGUUCCUUUAUGUUUGUGUCCUGUAAUUGAGUGCCUCCAUGUUGGCUAAUUGUCAGUGUUUGUUAUAAGUUCCGCCCCUUUUCUGUCUUUGAAUAUAGUAUGUGAAGAUUAAACAAUGGUUCUGUUUCUCCUCCAUUAAUUCAAUGUGUGCCCUGGCUGUGCCUGAACUAAAUUGGAUUGUGAUGUUAGGGUCAAAAAUCUUUAAAUAAUGUACAUUUUGUGGAAAGUGGAAUAUCACGUGUUAUUAUUAUUUUUUAUUGAAAAGUGAAAAUAUUUAAAAAAUGUUUUACUUUUUAGAACUUGUUCGUGGCAUGCAUUAAGUUUUCCUCUCUCUAUUUUUGCAGCGCCUGGCUUCUGUCGGACUGGAUGCCAAAAACACAGUUUGUAUUUGGGACUGGCAGAAAGGGAAAGUUCUUGCAACAGCCACUGGACAUUCUGACCGGGUACAUUCACUGUUAUCUUUGUGUUCGUGUCAGAUAAUACAAAAAUAAGUACAAAACUAUUCAUGUUUAGAAAAUAUUUUUUGCUAUGACAUAAUAUUUGAUAUGUGGGAUCAUUAUAUACAGGAACUUGCCUUUACCAUCUGUGUAUCAUUACAUUUUGAUAUUUAAGAUCUUCCAUCCAUCAGUCGUUGGACUUCAGCUCUCACAGUUCUCAUCAAUACCACCUGGAUUGCCCAUUCUUAACAGUCAGCGGUGCACUGUUAAAUAACACGUUACUGUUAUCAUUUUCCAGGCUGAGGCAUGAGAUUUAAAGGGCCACUAUAGUCACCAGAACCACUACAGCUUAAUGUUGUGAUUCUGGUCUCUAUAGCAUGUCCCUGCAGGCUGAGGAAUGGAUGAAUGAUCAUUGCAGUAGCUGGUAUUGAAAUCAAUUGAUUACUGAUCAUCAAAAAUGCUCCGUGCAUUCAGUCAAUACGCAGAGCAUACAAACCGUUUGACAGAAUGACUUCAAUAUGUAAAUAGUUUGAAGCAGUAUGCGUGUCGAUACAAGCUCAACUGAGAGAAGACACUCCAGGCCCUGAUCCAGCAGCUGUGCCGUGUUAGACAGCCGUGCGAUAGGGCAUUUAAAAAUCAUAAAAACAUCAAAAAUGCAGACUUUGUAAGUGUCCCUUUCUUGGAGAGACAGACUCUGUUUGGGCCUAAAUCCAUCUUCCCAUCUUUUCUAAAAGUUCCAAAUUUCUGGUGUGUAUGAGUGUAUAACUGCCAUAAUUUGUAUAAAUGACAGUCAUUAUUAUAUGAAUAUGAAACCAAAAAUGUCUCAGAAUACCCCACCCCUUGACCGCACCCAACUAAAUUAAAACGGCCCCCUUUUGUCUCUAUGAAAUGUUGGGAGGUAGGAAAAUUACAUCUUGAAUUGUAACGAAACGCAAACCAAAAAGUGAAAAAAUAUGGCACAACUUUUUGCACCUGCUACUGGUGCUAAUCUACCGGUAUAUACUCACAUUUUUGUGAAGAAAUAAAGUUGGGUUUGUUUUUUCGUUUUUAAAUUUCAUGUUUUCUGUUGGGGUCAUGUACUGUAACUUCAGGUUUCAUUGGAGAAAACAUAAAAUGUCAUUUUGUGAAGAAAAGGUUGUAUGAGAGAAAAUGCAUGUUAUCCACAUUAAUAAACCAAUAGGAAUUAUUUAAGGAAUCAGUAAAGGACCCACUAUACAUUAUAGUUAUGUACAUUUUCUAUCAAUCCAAUUUAUGUCAUUAGUCAGAACCUAGUCUUUAUCCGUAUUGGCAUUUUCUGUGUUUUUAUGGUUCGUUAUGUCUGCUUGUUUGUUGACAGAUAUUUGAUAUUGCUUGGGAUCCGUAUCAGCCAAACAGAUUGGUCAGCUGUGGGGUAAAACAUAUAAAGGUAAGUCGUAACCAGUCUCUUCACAGUCCUUACACUAAAUGCUCAGCAAUGCAGUGUCCUGUAUAAGGAAAAAAAAACUGAUUAAAGAACAUUUGCAGGCUUAUUCACUGAAGUGAGAAUUCAAAGUGAAUUUGAAUUGAAUUUCAAAUUCAUGGUAAAAAGAGCCAAAUUAGACGCAGCCCCAAAUUUUAAAUUCAGUUCAAAUUAACUUUGAAAUUCACCCUUUAAUGAAUAAUCCUGUUGGUUUUAUUAAGUGAGGUGGAGAAAUUAAUUUUAGAAGUAAAGUGGAUGAAUUCCCAUUUUUCAUGGUAUAUUUAAUAUUUUAAACGCAUUAAAUGAUAUAAAGAUAUGAAUAAACACAUGGUAUAACGAACAUUUGUAUGCAACUGAAGCAUGAUGAGUUUGGGAAAAAUAUAGUUCUUUCAUCUGUUGACUAAAGUAAGCAAAAGAACAGCAAAGACAUGAAAAAGUAUUAAUGGUACAGGUUACGUAAAUGGUUUGUAAUCUUGGGUAUAGCAGAGAAAUAAGCAUUCAUUAUAUACCUAGGACCAUGUGUUUCUGUUAAAUAGUGAUGCUAAUGAGCAGUAACCAGCAGUUAUGUCUGUUUUCAGUUCUGGACUUUAUGUGGAAAUGCUCUCACAGCAAAAAGAGGGAUAUUUGGGAAAACUGGUGAUCUACAAACCAUCCUGUGCUUAGCGUGUGCAAAAGAGGACAUCACAUACUCAGGCGCUCUAAAUGGAGACAUCUAUGUAUGGAAAGGGUUAACAUUAAUUCGCACCAUCCAAGGAGCGCACAGUGUAAGUAUAUCUUUAUGACAAGAUAAGCUUUUCUAGUAAGCUACGUUUACAUUACUUCUACAUGAAAUGCAUCCUACCCUUACCUCUUGUGCCACUUUACCCCACUCCUUCUAGAAUGUAAGACAGUUUGAGCAGGCCAUCAACAUCCUCUGUUACUGUGCUUCCAACUUGUCUUGUUGCAAAUACAUGUCUGUUAGUCCACCUAUUGUACAGUGCUCCAGAAUUUAUUGGUGCUUUUUAAAUAAUAAUAAUCUCAUCAGACCACCAGUCCCUCUAGUCUCACAUUGCUCAAUUCGCUGCCAUUUAGGAGUUAAAUCACUUUGUUUAUCCACAUCCACAUCUCCUGCCUGUGACUUGCACGGCCUCCCUACACACUUCCUGUAAAGAGAGGUCUAAUUUGUAAACUUCCUUUAUUGCACAGUGUGUUUAAUUUAGAAUGUAUUUUCUCCUGCUCUGUUAAUAGCCUGCAGCCUCCUGUGUGAUUAAAGUUCAAUUAACAGAGCAGGAGAUAAACAAAACUUCUAAAGUAAACGCACUUUGCUGUAAGAUCUGAUUGGAAAUGAAACAUCUUUUUCAUGUUGGCUCUGUGAGUCACAGACAAGGGAGUCUUAAGUGAAGAAUUGAACAGUGAGACUGCAGGACCAUUUUACACCAAAACUGCUUAAUUAAGCUGAAGUUGUUUUGGUGUUUAGAGUGUGCCUUUAAAUUCUACAUGGCUACUCACCAAACGUCUUGCUGUUUGGUGAGUGGGACUCCUUAAUAUUUUUGUUAACUCACCAUAUAAGUAAUAUUAUCAUAAAUAUAAAUACAGACUCGUGCAUUUUCAGAAUGCGUGGUAAAUUGAGAAAUGUUGCCCCAUUCUAUUUAAUAAUACAAAAUUAAUGUAAGGAGGCAAAUGAAAAUAAAUUGUUUAUACAUUUGCAGAGCAAAUCCUGGUAUAAAAUUAGAACAAAGGUUUCAUGAUCCUAAAUUCAAGAAAACAUUUGCCUCCUGUAACUGUACAUACAAUUCCACAGCAAUAUGCUAUCCCAUAAUCAUUUUGCCUUUUAGUUAAUAUUUUAUUCGCAUUCUGGCAAUUCGCUAUUUUUACAUAGAGAGAUAUUAACUGACUGUCUGGGAGAGCCCAAUCUUCAACGCAUAUGAGAUCCUGACAUUUACUAAUAAUUAGAAAAAUAUAUUCGAUCCAUGCACAGUUCAGUAUAACCAUUCACAAUACUCUAGGCAUGUUUUUAUGACAGCAGAAUUUGAUUGUAUAUGUGUUUGUUCCUCUGAUGCAAAAUAUGGUCUUUAUAGAAUGACUCAUCCUUGUGCAACUGUGCAUCAUCCUUGUGCAACUGUGCACAAUAUAGAAACUCUUUCUUCUAGUUAUUAAAUGUAUUAGAAUAAUAAAUUUUCCUUAGAAUAAUCUUUAUUUGCAUUCUACAAGUAUUCAAGUAGUUUUAACAUCUCCCAAUGUAUUCUCUGAUGUCCAUAAAGGCAGGGAUCUUUAGCAUGUAUGCUUGUGAAGAAGGCUUUGCGACUGGCGGAAGAGAUGGCUGUAUCCGACUGUGGGACGCAGACUAUAAACCAAUAACUAAAAUCGAUCUCAGAGAGAGUGAUCAGGGUUAUAAAGGUAAGCAAUGAUUUUAUAUAGAUCUGUAUACACGUAGCCCCAUUUGCACUCUUAUGUUAUACGGUGGAGUCGUGUUUUUGCUGCCCCGAUGCAUUAACUCGGGGGUCCUCAAACUCCGGCCCCCCAGAUGUUGCUGAACUACAACUCCAAUGAUUCUUUGAAUUACAUAGAUAGCCAGAGAAUCAUGGGAGUUGUAGUUCAGCGACAUCUGGGGGGCCGGAGUUUGAGGACCCCUGCAUUAACUCAUCACAGAGACAUUUACUGGUGUUUUAAUUCAAUGCAUAUGUUUUGCUAACUAAUAUACCUUGUGGUUUGUCGGUAAUUAUUCACAGUGAUUCUUUUGGGAUUAUUUUAUUUUUAAUUAUUUUCCUGCAGGUAAUGAAUUCUACAUUCUGCAGGGCAGUAUUUGUCUUUCAGUGUCCUAGCACCCGCAACUAGUAUGUGUCCUAGAUCUGGAUAGCUAGUCAAAACCCUGGUUUGUAGAAAAGCACUAUAUCUGGCACUAGACAUGAGCAACACAUUGCAUGGGGCAGUAAAAAAGAUUUUAUCUUUUAAUAAUAAUUAAUGUUUUUAAAAGAAGUGGAAUACUGCUUUUAUGAAAAUUCAGAAAUCAGACAAUUCUUUUUUUAAUUGUGAAAUUGUACAAACCAUUAACUAUAAAAGUUGUGCGUAUUUAUGUUGUGAUGCUAUUUUGUGUUUAGGUUUGUCUAUCCGGAGUGUGUGCUGGAAAGCAGACAGGUUAUUAGCGGGAACUCAAGACAGCGAGAUAUUUGAAGUAAUGGUGAGAGAAAGAGAUAAGCCAAUGCUGAUAAUGCAAGGCCAUUGUGAAGGGGAGCUCUGGGCACUCGCUGUGCACCCUAAAAAACCCUUGGCUGUCACUGCAAGUGAUGAUCGUUCUGUAAGGUAUGUUAGAUGUGUGCUCCUUUGAUAAUUUCCUCAAACACUAGAGAAUGUGGCACUUUUCAGAGCAGGAGAACAAAGCUUAUGUGGGUAUACACAGCCAUCUUAAUAACACAGUAAAAUAGGUCUUCAUCAGCGUGUAAAUCAAUUUAAGAGCAAAUAAGAAAAAGUUGUUUGAAUUUUGGGGAUCUCUUAUCAGGGAGAUUAACACAUUUUAGUUCUAAUAAUUUUUAAAACCAGAUAUAUUUCUGUAAAAUGUAGACACCUGGGCCAAAAGCUGGGAUUCAGACACCAUUUUGUUUAAGCUUUGAAUACACAAAGAAUUGAAAAUGUGUUGGGUACACAAGGUGCUCGGAGGGUUAACAGUCAUCAACACAUGCAUAUACACACAACCUUGCAUUUAAUUUAAUGAUCAAUUACCUCCCCCUGCUUAUUGCAAAUUCCCGUUAAUUAUCCUGUUAACACUAUUUGGUUUCAUUCCAUAGAUUAUGGAGUCUUGCAGAUCAUGCACUGAUUGCUCGCUGUAAUAUGGAGGAAGCAGUACGUAGUGUGGCUUUCAGUCCAGACGGGGCCCAGUUGGGGCUUGGGAUGAAGGAUGGUUCCUUCACUGUGCUCAGGGUCAGGUAGGAACGAACACCUCUGUAACACACUUUUUAUAAAAUUGGUUUUUUUACAUCUUAGAGAGGGUGGAAUGAGUGAAAUCUUGAGGAAGUGAAUUAAUUUAAACCCAUAUGGACUUAAAGUAUUAAACGGAUACUAUAGGUACGAAAACAACUAACAGUUUUGGUGUAUUGAUCAUGUCCCUGCAGUCUCACUGCUCAGUUAUCUGCCAUUGAUGAGUUCAUUCACUUUGUUUGUGCCACCCUAGUCACACCUCCCCUGCAUAUGAUCUACACCACAUCCCGGCAACUUCCUGAAAAUGAGUCUACAUUUUUUAUCUUCUUUUAUAGCACAUUUUGUUUCAUUUUGAAGUUCUUAAUUCCUACUCUGUUUAGAGCCUGCAGCAGCCCCUUGUGUGUGAUUAAAGUUCAAUGAACAGAUCAGGAAAUAAGGACAUUCUGAAGUAAACACACUGUACUGUAAGAUCUAAUUGAAAACAAAUUUUUUUUUUUCCUGCAGGCUGUGUGAGUCACCGCCAUGGAAGGUGCGGCUACAGCUGCAUAAACAGAAACUAACUUGAUUUAGCUCAUAAAUGGCAGAGGAUUGAGCAGUGAGGCUGCAGGGGCAUGUUCUAUACACCAAAACUGCUUCAUUAAGCUAAAGUUGUUUUGUUGCUUAUAGUGUCUCUUUAACAUUUACAUGAUCGGCUGAAGUCAAUAAACAAGAACACCCAUACAGUUACAUCUCCCAAGUUUUAUUGCAUCCCAAUUGAUCCAGAUUGUGUUUGGUUAUAUCAGAAGCUAAAUUUUCAUUCCUAGUGAGUUCAAUCCCUAGAGCCAAUAUGAGAGCUUGGUAAAUCAUCUUUGUGUUGCAACUCCAUUAAAUUAUGUUAAAACACAUAUGAAUUUAGAUAACAUACAUAAUGAAAUUGGAACAAGUAUAAACCUACUUUUUUAUCUAAUAGAAAAUGUACUAUUUAAAAUCAACCCUGACUUCCAAGUAGGUCAGAUAUUAUCCUGUGUGAUCUGCAUUACAACGUAAGCCAACAGGGAAACUUUAGAAAACUGCUAUAACUUGGAGAGAACAGCUUUCAAUAUAACUUUCUAUAAAAUCUACGUAGGUUGCCAAUGUGUUGUAUUUUUUGCUGCAAAAUAUUCCAGUUAGUUCUAUUUGUUUUCUGUAGUAUAAUAGAUAGAUGCAACACACCACUGUUGCAGUAUAUAUUGAGCAAUUUAUUUAAAAACAAAUUGGGGACGAAUAGUGGGUUCCUCCAAAGGAACUUAAAUGCCUUAGUUUGUAAGGUUGUAAUGAAACCCCUAUGUCUUCAGAAUCUCCAAACUGAAAUUAUAUAUAUAUAUAUAUAUAUAUGUAAAGGCAGUAUGCCUGGAGUUGUGUGAGGGAUUUUUACCAGCCUAUAUCUAUAUGUACUGCCAACAUUUGGAACCUCACCCUCCUCUUAUUCAUCGGUUUUGCACACAACAACUGACUUGCUCUUACUGGUAUAGCUCAAAUCUUAUUGUGUAUGUAUAUUGAAUAUAAACAUAUACAAUAAGGUUUGAGCUAUAUAUUUUAUUAAUGCACCAUUAUUCUCUUGCCAUUUAAAGAUUUAUAUUCAUUCCACUAACAUCAUCUGAUGUGAAGAGCUCAUGUGUCCAAAAUCUUGAAUCAUUAUUAAAAGUACUUGUGUAUCCAAGCAUCCUUUGCUUUGUUUUCAGAGAUAUGACAGAGGUGGUUCAUAUCAAGGACAGGAAAGAGGUGAUCCAUGAAAUGAAGUUCUCACCAGAUGGAUCAUAUCUUGCCGUGGGCUCCAAUGAUGGCAUGGUGGAUGUCUACUCAGUAGCUCAGAGAUACAAAAAAAUUGGGGAGUGCAAUAAGUCUUCCAGCUUUAUAACUCACCUCGACUGGUCUGUGGACAGUAAAUACUUACAAACCAAUGAUGGGGCUGGAGAAAGACUCUUCUACAAAAUGCCAUGUAUGUACUUACUAUGAGCUCUGAUCUUUUAAGUGAAUUUAUAAGAAGUGAUUUGAACGUUAUUUCCCUAUCUUGGGCUAUCAGGAUUGAAGAACUGUCACUCACCCUUUCUAAACUAGCACUAUGAUACUCUUAAACCUUUAACGCUUGAACUGCAGAGAGGAGAACAGAGCUGCGUUUUUUAGCAUCUGGCACUAAGGUGGAUAAGAACGUCAGUAAUUUCCCUGAUCUAUGAUACUUUAGCUCUCCGAGGCAGUUACAUGUAUUGCACAAUAUGUACAUUUUGCAUUAUGAUAUACAUACGUAUAUACAUCCUUCUUUAAGUCUGAAUCUAAUAAACUCCCAGAAAAUCUGAGCACUGUGCUCCCACCUAGUUUUUCUAGAUUUGGUACAGUUUAGCAGGACAUGUGAGUGUUGUCAAAGAUGCAACACAUAGGUUUCUGACCACACAGUAUGUUACAUCCAUGCUGAUAUAAAUAUUUUCUACAUUAUUGAACUGUCACUUCAACCUCCUCUUCAACUGCAGAUAGAGUUAAACCAAAGGUGGACCAGUUGCUGUAAAUUCAUGAAUGAAAGUUUGUUAUUCAAUGUGUAGAUUGGCACCUUAUUAUAUGUUAAAAACAAAAAACUAACAUGGAACUGGAGGAUUACUGAACAAACACAGGAGGGACUGUAUUAGAUUAUGAAGCAGGUUAUACUUGACUGCUGGUGGCCCUUGUGGCAUGCUUGACAUUUCUGCUUUAUAUGUAUAUCUUUUGGGGGGUUUGCAGUAAUUGAAGUUUGUAUGUUGAUUCUAAGUAUUUAUAAUACUAUGGUACAAGUCAUGUUAGCGGAAUGUGUAUGUGGAGCGGUAAGCAUGUUUUGUGACCACAAUAUAUAUUUUCCAGCUGGUAAACAUCUUACAAGCAAGGAUGAGAUCAAAGCGAUUCAUUGGUUUUCUUGGACUUGCGUGGUUGGACCAGAGGUGGAUGGAAUAUGGCCAAAAUACACCGAUAUUACGGAUAUCAACUCAGUGGAUGCCAAUUACAAUAGCUCUGCAUUGGUAACGGGAGAUGACUUUGGACUAGUUAAAUUAUUCAGGUUUCCAAGUUUGAAAAAAGGUAAGCUGCUUCUUUUCUCUGUUGUUGUCUACUUGAUUCAGGUCCACAAGAGCCUUCCAUUCCACUAGUUAUGGAUUAUUGCCAAAUGACAUUCCAAUAGGAAUACUGAUAGCACUGUCAGGUGUCCUGUGAUGAUUCUCCCCUCCUUUAAAUUGAUAAUGGUUAUUUAGACUGUUAGUAAUAUAGGCUGAAAAAAGUUCAGCCUCACGUCUGAUUCUGCAGUCAAUUCAAAAGUAGGAAAAAAUUGUAUUUUGAAGCGAUUUUCAAUAUUGCCACAAAAUGAGAAAAAGAUUCCUUCUUGACAUCAAAAUGGCAGUCAGAUUUCUCCUAGUGCCAACAAGCUGUUACCCAUAUAUUAACUAUUGUAUCCUUGAUUGUGUUGUUUAUUAAUUAAUUUUUUUGUUUGCUUAUAUUUUUUUUUAAAAUGCAUCCAGGCAUUGUUUAAAAAAAUCUGUACAGAAACUAAUAAAAAAAAACUAAUCCUUAACCAUUGAACUGGUUACUGGAGAGCUGUUUUUACUGGCUCUGUAUAUAUUUAUGUAAUAUUGUCACAUUCCCUAUGAGAUUAUUUUCUAAAGUAAACAAGUUUUCUUCAUAUCUAAAAUCUUUCAUUCCCCUUCUUAAUUUUGUAACACGUCUCUGCACUUUCUAGUUCCAUAAUAUCCUUUUAUUAAAGUGACGGUGUGUGAAUAUGUAAACUAGCCAAUGGACAAGUGUAUGAGUUCUAGAUCGUAAGCUCUCAUCAACCUAUUGUUUCUGUAACAUUUUGUAAUUGUCUAAUUUAUUGUUACAUUUCCCAGUUUGUAAUAUUGUAAAGUGUUACAGAAUAAGUUGGUGAUAUAUAAAUAAUUUUAAUAACAAUAACAGUUCCCUGCAUGUUUAAUGGACCCGUCUUCAAUUCUUUAAUUUUAUUGAGAUUUCUGAAAUACAUGCUAAAGAGUAAGUUUUACUGACUCCGUGUUUACCUUUGUAAUUAAGUAAACUUUGUUUUUAAGAACAGUUUUAGCUGUAGGAUAUCAGAAGUGGAUAGGACUGAUUCUUUUAUUAUUGAUCACGAUGCUCAAUAAUGCACCUGAUGUGAUAAUCGCGCCGUUCUGAAUUAUUAUUAUUAACAUUUCUAUGGCGUCAACGUAAUUAACAUAUGGAAUGUAACAUAGGCAAGAGGUGAAGAAGGACCUGCUGAAACGAGCUUACAGUGUAUGAGAUAAAUUAUGACUUUGUUUACUGUAUAAUAAAUAUUCAUCUGCCAUUAAUUUCUUUUCCCAUCAUCCUCAUUCAACUGGAGGAUUACUGAACAAACACAGGAGGGACUGUAUUAGAUUAUGAAGCAGGUUAUACUUGACUGCUGGUAGCCAACAGGCAGUCCUAUAGCUUUAGAUAAUAGAAAAAGAAACAAAUAUAUACACAAGAAAUACAAAUGCACCUAACCAACUCGGUGGUAAGAAUAUGCAAAGGUACUUAACUGAGUAUAAGGUCGAUACAGCUUCCCAAGAGGUUUCCCCCAAACGAACCUCAAAUACAGAUAUAUGAAUAGACAAAAUUGGGAUACAGCUGAAUAACUAAAAAACACAAGAAAACAUAGCACAUAGUGAAGUACAAUCACAAUAAUAAAAUAUAACCCACAAUGAUUGCACUCACAAAAUAGUGAUGAAUAGUGCGCCUUUAAGCCCACAUAGGGCUGCAGUAGCGUUCACCCUCCACGAAUAGGUUGCUCUGUCUUCCAAGAAAUGGGAGUAUGCCAGUAAAAUGUAAAAAAAUCCUUUUAUUAUUAAAGGCACUAAUAAGCCUAUAUCAAAGAUCAAUAAAUGAAAUAUAGGAAAAAUACUGCAAUCUAACGCGUUUCGUCCAUACAAAUUGGACUUCCUCAGAGACAAUUUUGCAGUAUACACAGUAUAUAAAAUACAAAGCAUGCAUAAUUUCCACCCCCAACAGAGUCCCUUAAAUACAACCAGUCCAUAUGUUGAUUGGAGGACUUCUUCAUAGAAACACCUCUUCAAUAAGGGAAAUUUCUUCCAGGUGAUCUUCACCUUAAAAAUCGCGGCUAAAAACAGCUGGUUAUCCGUCCGUCUCUGUGUUAAUAUUAUGCGUUCCAAAUGUCAACUUCCGGUUGCGUUCCACAUACGUAUUUCCGGUAGCGGAUAUCAACGGACGUCAUGGACGCUGACGUUGCGUUCCAAAACAGGAUGUAUGCGUUCCAAAUAACAAGCCACUCGAGUGGCUAAAAAGGCUAAAAAAAACAGUCUUAAAAUAAUAGCAACAAUAAUAUAACCAUUCUCAUGUUACAGAUUAGAACACAUACACUACAGAAACAGAUCAUCAUCAAAUGGAAAAUGGGAUUUACAUCCUCUGCCACUAAAAGAGAAUAUUGAAUUAAAAUAUAAAAAUGAAUAUGAAAAAAUAUUAUUAAUGAAUAUACAUAUAUAUAUAUAAAAAAUAUAUAUACAUAAAUAUUAAAUAAAAAUAAUAUUAAAAAAUGAAAUAAAUGAAUAAACAAAACAAAAAAAGAAAACAAAUAUGAAAUAUGAAAGUAAAUAUAAAUAAAAUUAAAUGAAAAAAAUACAAUAAAAUAAAAUAAAAAAAUAAAAAUAAAAAUAAAAAAUAAGAAUAAAAAUAAAUAAAUAUAAAAUAAAAAUAAAUCAAAAUAAAAAUGAGUAUAAAUAUAAAUGAAAAUAAGAAUAAAAAUUGUAAAAAUAAAAAUAAAUUUAAAUAAAAAUAAAUGGAAUUAAAAUAACAAAUAAAAAUUAAAAUUAAAAAUAAAAAUAAAAAUAAAAUAACAAUUUAAAUGUGUAUAAAAAAGGCAGAAGAUGGAAAUCCCCCAUCAAAUAAGCAAUAAUGUUAUACCAUAAAACUAGCCAGAUCCACAUCUAUAUUUAAACCUUUGGGUGGCAAGGUAUCCAAAUGGUAAAUCCAAUAGGUCUCCCGUUGUGCUAGUUUCAAUUCCCUGUUGCCUCCUCUCCAAUGAGGGGACACAUGUUCUAUACCACAACCCUUGAAAUCCCUCCAAUUAAAGGCCUGGCAUGUGUUACAGUGAACUGGCACUGAAUGGGUUGUUAUACCUUUCCUUAUGUUGUUAAUAUGUUCCAUAAGGCGUACUUUCAGGGGUCUCUUCGUCUUUCCCACGUAUUGUUUGCCGCACGGACACUGCAAUAAAUAAAUCACAAAGUCCGUGUGGCAACCAAUGCUGGAUUUUACUGGGAAAGAAACCCCAGUGGUAUGACUUGUAAACUGUAGAGUUAAACCCAAGUUCAUCCUUGAGCAAGCCUGGCACAUUUGGCAUCCUUUAGAUCCCUUCAUAUGAGUGAUAACUUUCUUUUUAGGGAUAUCUUUUCUAGGAUAACUUGGAGCAAUUAAAUCUUUCAGAUUUUGACCUUUCCUAUAAAUAAUAGAUGGACGAUCAGGGAGAAUAUUUCCAAGAACUGGAUCCUGGAGUAAUAUGGGCCAGUGUUUUUUAAGGCACUUAUUAAUUUUCCAAUGGUCAAUAUUAUAUUUCAUUAUAAAUGAAUAUCUAAAAUGUUCAUUUGAAUCAUUCUUUGGAUGGUCCUAUAGCUUUAGUAGAUGUAAUAUUCCCAUGAUGCUCUGAACUGCAAUGGGUAUGAUGCCUUGUUAUGGAAUAGGGUGGCAUUGCAUGAUGGGAAUUAAAAUACUACAAAUAAUGGACGUUGAUCAUAUCAGGUAAAUGUGGGCUGUAUAUCUCCUUCCUGAGCGUUAUGUAACUGAUUUUACACAGCUGUUUUUAUAUUGUUUAAGCCUGGUCAGACUGAGUGUUUGUGCAUCAGCUUUGAAGGAAAGAGCUUUAAUAAGCGAAGUGAAAAAUUCUAAUCUAGAUAUGCAAGGUUCCUAGAUCUCAUUUAUAGUGGGAACUUCUUUAAAUAUUUAUAUUAUAAAUAAAACAGAAAUGCUGAGAGUAUUUCUAGAAUAAACCAGCUUUUUAUACUUCUAUGAUAUGAUAUAAAUAAAACAGAAAUACAAGAGUGUUUCCAGGCUAUAUUAACGUUUCAUUUAUAUGAUUUUUUAAAAAGCAGAUCUCACGCAGUACAUGUAGCUGAUUUCACUAAGAAUAGUACGUCGAGGGAUGCUGUAUCCCCAUAUUCACUAGUGCGCUGGACUGAUUUAGCACAUGGUUACACAUAUCAAUUGUACAAACUGUGCUGGGACUGAUCUAUGUACAGUUAAAUAAUAUUUUAUAUUAAAUGUGUAAGACAGAAACAACGUAACAGGUUAACUUCACACUAACACUUCAAAUACAGAAUAGGUGUUGUAGAAUAAGGGUUUGUAGGGGACUACUAGCAUAGACGAGGGCUGGACCUCUGCAUUAGCUAGAUAGUACUGUAUGAGAAUUGAUAUCAUGAUUGGAUACAUUUUCAUUGAUAUGUUUAAAAAUGGAACAGUCUUUUCCAAAAAUUGGAACUCCCAUAACUUCCAGUUUUCUCAGAUUCUACAGGUCAGUUCCUAUAUGAUACCCAUGCCCUAUGGGACUUACCUUUUGUUGGUUUCAAGUGAGAUCAGUUGCUGCACUCUACAUGUGCAUAAAUACUCCUGUAGCACUUUGCUUAUGGGCAGUUCUGAUAAUGUUGGCAUUGUUUGUACCUGCUUUAAAAAAAUUACCCUACUGUAUCAACUUGAACACUUGUAUAUGUUGGUUGGUAGGUCCCCUGUUUCUACCAUUCAGUAGUUCUGCAUAUAAAGAAAUAGAAAUGCUGUCGUAACCCUAGCUGUCUUGUAUACCAGAUGUAGUCUUCCAAUCCUUUAAAUCCAAGCAGCAGCAUCAUUCAGGCCAAUGCCUGUAGAAGUGGGUCUACUUAGACUUUAUGGUCCAUGCUGUACCUCAUUCACUGCACCUGCGACAUUCUGUCCCGGCCCUCUAUUAUUCUCAUUUUCGUUAAUACCCUUAAGGAAGUACAUUUUAGUUAGGCAACUACACCUAGAUCCUUCAGCACACAAUUCAUGAUGCAAGAUAUCAUCAGGUCAUGAUAAUUUAUGUUAUCUAUCAGAUAUAAACUGUAAGCCUCAACGAGACAUUUAACAUUAACCUAUUUAAAAAAUAUGUAUAUUUUGCUUCUUCAGUGUUUAAAAGGUAACCUGUUUUUUUACCCCACAGGAGCAAAAUUUCGUAAAUAUGUUGGUCAUUCAGCACAUGUAACCAAUGUUCGCUGGUCACAUGACUUCCAAUGGAUUUUGAGCACUGGUGGAGCUGAUCACUCGGUUUUCCAGUGGAGGUUUAUUCCUGAAGGAAUCACAAAUGGCCUCAUAGAAACUGCACCACAAGGUACGAUCUAUGUUAUUUCCAGUCAGUUUAUACAGUUGUUUUUUCCAGUGCUGUGGUAGAAUGUCAAAACAUUAGAAAGUGAUUUUUAUAUCUUUAAAAUAACAUGACCAAACUGGACCUUGGAAGGAGUAUAGAUUAAAUGACAUCUAAAAAAACAGGUUUUCAGGAUUUUCUUACUGUUAAUGGGACAUAUUAUACUUCUUGUCAGCAAUCAGUUUAGUGUACUACGGAAUUAUGUUUGAAAUUGGUUUUUUAAAAAUAUUUUCCCUUUGUGUCUCUCCCACCAGCACAUGUUUAUCUAUUUUGCCCCUUCUUAAGCCCCUGUCUGUGACUUUUGCCCAUUCCCCAGCCCCGCUAUGUCUUUGUCCCCUCCAGCCCUUCUGUGUAUCUCGUUUUCCUCCAGUCCCUUUUGUGUGUCACAUUUUCCCCUUCCCAGCCCCCCUGUGUAUCUUUCCCCCAACACUUUGUCUCUUUCUCCCUCCAGCCCCUCUGUGUCGGCAUCUCCCGUUAACCCCUAUAGGUGUCUCCCCUCAGCCCCUGCCUGCCCUGCCCCUUUCCCUAGUCUCUGUCUGUCUCUUUUGCCCAUUUCUCAACCCCUCUGUGUGUUUGUCCCCAGCCCCUCUGUAUGUCUCUUUCUUACCCAGCCCCUUUAGUGUGUCUCUUUGUGCCAACUCACCUCCUUCAUAUAGUGUGGCUGAGCUGCUGACCGUAGUAGAGGAGCUCCUGUAACCUCUGCCUGGUGUGAAGCAAUUCGGUGCUCUCUGUGUGCACUUCCUGUCAGACUGGGUAGAGGAAGCUACAGCUCAGCCAUGCGACAUGGAGUGACAGGCAGGAGGGGAACGCACACCACAGCUGGUCGAGCCCUAAGGUGGCCGACUUAUGGUACUGCUGGCCCUGUCCUGGUAGGCCUUUUUUGUCCCCUUUUGUGGAAUGAUACACCUCUAGUUUGAUGGUGUAAUGCUUAUCACAGUGCAACACAGUAACAACAUUUCAACUGCAAAAUCAUUUGUUUCUUGCUGAAUUAUUACAGUGUUAUUUAUUAAAUUGUGCAUGCUGGGAAUUUACCAAUGAAUUUCACAUUAUAUGCAAAAAGAGUGAAAUAGAAAACUGUUUCUAGUUCAGACAUUUGCCCUAAUAUGUGAUAUUCACUUGUCAAUUUCUGACAGAUUCCUUGCUUGUUACUUGAAUAGAUAUUAGCUAGUCAGGACAACACCAAAAUGUUCCAGAAUAGUUCCACCAAUUGAGUUACGUCGUCAGUCACACUUAUUAACAAUAGGAUCUGUUUCAGAUUGUUUGACAGUAAAUCUUCCUUCCUUACAGAAGCCAUUGUAGAUUCCUGCAGUGAAGAAUCCGAUUCUGAUCUGUCUGACGUGCCCGAACUAGACUCUGACAUUGAGCAGGAGACUCAAAUUAAUUACGACCGCCAGGUCAGUUUUAAAGACUGUCAAACUGAGUUCAACACAAGACUGCCAGUCAGUUACAAUGCAUCAUUUUUAUAUCUUGAGAUCGGAGGCCAAUACCAUGAAUUGUCUGUCAUUAUUACUACUGUGGGACACAUUUACCAAUAUUUUGUUAAAACAAGUUACACAUAGAAUAGUUUCCCAAUUUCACAACACUGUUAUGGUUGAAAUGGAGAUACUGGUCUCUAGGAGUGUUUUUUAUUUAAUAAAUGUAGUCUUGUGGCAUAAUUGAUUAUUCUUAUUAAAUUAAGUCAAAGCCUUGAUUUCCAGGCAGAGCAUGUACAUAUUGUGACACAUUGCUUUUAAAAAUCAUUCCGUAUUUUUAGUCUGUGGCAAACACCCUUAUUUUGCAAAUUGCAUGCAAAGGAUCAGACACCCACGUAACUGUAAUCAGAUGCAGUUUCUUGUCCUGCAUUAUUGACAGACUUGAGCAAGGCUUAUUGUCAGCCAGCAUAUCAAAGCAACCUUGAUUUAAUCUAGGUACCUGGUCUGUUGCAUGCAUUCUGAUUGCAGAGCUAACCGCCUAAGGCCGUUUGAUACCAGGAAGUCAUCUUUUCUGCUGUGUAGUGUAGAUUUAAUUUCUUGGAUGCAGCUCCACUUAAUUAUAUUUAAUGUUAUUGUGCAAUUGAUAUUUAAACAUUAUAUUAUCUGUUUCCAAUAGUUUCUUUACUCCAGUUUGGCUGGCUCAUGAUUGUUGCAACUUCAGUACAUGACCUUUUUUCACUGCUCAAUAAUAGUAAAAGUGUUAUUGAAAAAUAUUGGCAUGGUGGCAUUCUGAUCGCUUCAUUACUCUUAACAGCCAGUAAGAUGCCGAUGAAUAUCAUAUAUGCCAACGUAAUUUCUCUAAACGUUCCCAGAUUCAGCUGGCGUAUUAGAGCCUGAAGAUGACACAUGUCCAGAUAAUCAGUUGACCUUUCACUGUCCAUUUGUCCUCUGAUUAGUCAAUUUAAACUAUUGUACCCUUUGGGCUGGUUUGGCCUUGUAUUCCUUUCUACAUUUGGUUUAUGUGGGAUCUGUCAGUCUGGCUGUUGCCCCACUUCACAUUCUGGUCCAAAAUUGCGUUUGCAAAGAUCUUCCGGAUGGCUUCCUACUGACAUUACAGCAUUUAUUGGCCAAGCACUAAUAAAUGUUGUACUUUCUUUUUGGAUUGUGGUUGAUUGACUCAGCUCCAUUAUUUAGGAAGAGACAUCAUUUCACAGUUUGUCAUUUGUAACAGUGCCUUAUCUCUUUCCCUUCUUGAUCCUUCUUAAUUAUUGAGGGCUUAUUUGACCUACUGUAUUUUAUAAAACUGCCGAGCUACGUAUUUAUUUUUUCCUCCCAUCUCCUUGUAUCUGUAAUGUUUUCCUUUAAAAGUGUAAAUAAACUGCAGACAUUUUGAAGAGUUUAACUCUUUGUUACAGAGUUAUGAGCAGUGGAAUACAUUAAGUCCCCCACCCUCCCACACCCACUACACCAAGAAGCAGCUUGUUUUGAAUGGCAACCUAUACAUAAAAUAGCACAGUAUUCAGUUUGACAGUACACUCUAUUAUGACGUUUAUUUGCCUGCAUAUUGUGUUUUUCCUCUCUAUUCUUAGCCUGCUGUCUGUGUUAUAGAAACAUCCCGUUUUCUAAUUAGAGUGAAAGCUUGGCAAACCAUUAAUUCAUAGCAGCAAUGACAGCUCAUAUAUUGUAUGCAUCUCAUAGCCUUCAGUCAGCAGAACGGUUAGCCUAACGAUUCUCAUUCACUGAACUGACAAGGCUCCCUCUUUAGCUAUUGGGAGGCCUGCCGCUGCUUGGAGCCCGACUCACACUAACACCAGGCUUGCUUUAGAGUUGAUGUGACCUGUAGCAAAGAAUAGGUAUUAUCCAGCAUUAUUUAUACCCUAAAAAAGGCCCCUCUCGCUCAUAAAUAAAUAUUUUAGGAUGUUGCGUAGACCACAGGGGUAAAAUAUGAAAAUGAAUGAUCCUGUGACUUGUGACAACAAGGAAGGUAAUGCCUUUAUAAUAAAUCAAGAUUGAGUUAAGUGAGAAUUUAGAAAGAGGGCGCUAGCAAGACAGGAAGUGGGUUUGAUCCCUCAACUCCAAAUUGUAGUGAACUUAAAUCCAAAUGAUGACAACUGAUUUGUAAAAGCUUCUAACUUGGCUGUAGUCACAACUUGGCAAUUUAGACCACAGUUUGAAAUGUGGAUUUAAAUCGCUUGCAAUUUGGUGUUCAGUGUUGUGGUAAGCCCACUGUAGAGACUGUCACGCCAAUAUAUCGGUGCUCUUUGCACCAUAAACAGUUUUUUUUUUUUUUAAUUCUUUAUUUUUGUUGUGCAGGAGGUUACAAGACAUUGACAGACGCCACAACAGCAUAUUGUAAGAGUUACUAGAGUUAGGUAGUGGCUUUAAAGUUUGCACUUUUUUUUAUAUAUAUUCACAGUUAUAACCAUGCUUGACUAUACUAUUAGAACUUCAGAAUAAAAAUAUAAGUAAAUAAAACGGUUAAUGCCUAACAUCGCUAUUCUAGCUAUGCCAUUAUAGUUAUAUCACAGGCUAAGCAUGCUUGCAUAUUUUUUAUGGUUAACGUAGUUUCUAAUAUGCUAGUCAGGGAUGUCUAGGUUGGAUGAGCUUGUAGCAGGUUCAUGAGUAGUUCUAGACAAAGGUAUUAUAAAAAUAACAAAUAAGAACAUAAUAAAUAUAAUUAAGCAAUAAGUCGUGCGUUUUAGUUGACCUUCCAUUCGAGUUAAGUAUUGCAUAUCAUGCCUAUUCUGGUACACAUGCUGUCACUGAACGUUGAGAUAGGGCUUACACUAGACACGCUAUUCUAAGGACUCACUGCUGCAUAUCAUUCUAUGGUUGUACAGAGAAUUGUAGAUCAAUGUUUAUCGUCUAUUAGUUUAAAAAAAAAAAAAAAAAAUAAAUAAAUAAAUAAAAUAAAAUUGCUUGCUGGGUGUGUGAGUAUUUGCGAGUGUAGUUAUAUGCCAGCGCGUAACUUAGUUAAUGCGCCCCCAAGCGCGGUAUGGGCAUUAAAUCUCCCUGCAGUGUGUGGGGGAUAGAGAGGGAAAGUAAAGUAUAAAGGGGACCAAAACAGAAUACUCUAAAUUGGUUGGUCAGCGUGUCUGCCAUCUAGUCUAGUGCGCCAGGGUGGUAAUCAGAGAGAGUACAGUUUUAAGUGGCUUGUGGUGGAGGUCCUUAAACACUGUUCAAACCGAUAGUCCCAGUAAUUCUUAGCCGGAGGGAAGGUUCAUACAUAUUCUUGGCAAAAAGGGAAAGACGUCCCGGUGAGCAGUCACGAGCUUAGAGUCCCAGUUCAAGUAGUGGCUGCUGUAUUGGGUUCCGUGGGUCGUUGCCGUGGCACAAAUUCUGGUGCUCUGGCCGAGUUCUUCCCAAAGCUGCUGCUUGUGGGACCUCUCUGCCCCAUUGCAGAUUCCAGGGUUGUCAGAGGGAGGUUUAGCUUCUCUAAGGCCCCUGCGGCCUCUUGUAGGUUCCGGGCUAGCACAGGGCCACUUGCGCCCUCUAUGCGCAGUAUCCGGCCAGGUCCCCAGCGGUAUCGGAUCUGUUGCUGCCGUAGGCGGGUGGUGAUCUGCCGGAGGCACCUUCUCCAGGACAGUGUACCACUCGAUACAUCUGCAUAGAAAGAGAGGGACGUUUCUUCAAAGGUAUAUGCUGACAGGCCCUUGAUGGCGUUGAGUACUGUCCUUUUGUCUCUUGCUGUUUGGAAGCGGAGGAUCACAUCCCCAGUGGCCGCCGGUGGUGCUGUAAUCGGCUUUGGGAUACGAAAGAUCCCAUCCAGCGUGAUCGUUUUUGCCACUUUUGGGGUCAAAAGCGUGGUUAGCAGUCGCCUGGCGUAGUGAGGGAGCUCUGCCUCUGGUAUGGAGUCCGCGACCCCUCUUAGCUUUAGGUUCUUUUGGCGUCUUCUGUCCUCUUGUGUGUCUAAUUGUUGUUCAUGAAGUGUCACUUGCUGUUUCAGGUCGCGGACUGCCGCUUGCAGUUCCGCGAUUUGGCUUGUGUGGUCUUUGGAAGCGCUUUCCACAGUUCCCAGCCGGGCGGACAGGCCUUUCAAGUCUUCCCUGAUCGUUGCCACCUCCGCUGAAAUUUUCUCGUGGUGGGUGGCCAUAAGUUCCGUGAUAGCCUCCAUGGUUACCGGUGUGUGGGUUGAUGUGGGUGGCUGUGGUCUCGCAGGCGGUGGUAGUGCUCUUGUUGGUAUGAGGCCCCCUUCUCCUUCGUCGGAUGUCUCAUCCGAGAAGUCUGUACAUCCCCCAUGCAGGGACUCCAUUGUUGCGCCCGCGGCCUCGUGGGCCUGCCUCCACAUGUCCCCGAUAUUCAUCCCCUGACGGGGCUUGUCGGGUUUUUGUUUCUUUGUUUUUCUGCCCAUGUCAGUCAGGUGUGUGUAAGGGCACUUUGGGGGUCCGUUGGGCCGUGUUGGGCGCCGAUAUCAACCAAUUUGAGCUGUUUAAAUCGGGAGCUCCUCGGCCAUGCGACUAUCCGUGUCAGUAGCUAGACUCCGCCCGCACCAUAAACAGUUUUAAUACCCAGGGUACUCUUUACCAUUAAGACCAAAAACCUACUCCUUUUUAGAAGAUUAACUGAACAAAGUUAUUCCUUACUGACUGUACUGGCCAGCUAAGCUGGUUUAUUGUCACAAAACUCAGAAUUUCAAAUGACAAAGUUUUCCUACCAACAUUGUCUUACGUUUCACUCUCAGUACCUGUAGUCAGUGCCCAUACUGAGAUCUCAGCUGACUAUAUAGGACUGGACAGCUACUACUAUUGGUAUCCCUAGAAUUAGGAUACUUUCCCUCAGCCUGGGUUUGUGUCUGCCCUUAGUUACCAUAUCACAGUGUAGAAAACCCACAGAAUACAAAAAUUCGUAAUAAAUUAACAAGAUUGUGCCAAAUGUAUUAAAGACGAUACAAUUUUUUUUUUCUUUUUUUAAAUCUUUAUUUUUCGUGCAAAUGUGAACAGUUAAGCUUCAUAUACCACAACAGCUCUAUCAAGCAUAGUAAUACAGUUAUAGGGUAUCAGUAACAUGGCAUUAGUAGGGAUUGCACCUUUUUGUAGUAUAAUGACAAACGAAUAACAGUAACAUAGUGGUAAAUGUCAGUUGGUAAUAGAAUCUCUAUGGUUAGUAAUCAGGCUAUCUUAACUGACGUGGGUGCCCUGGGCACUGAGUGAGUGAACAAGCUUAAGUAUACAACCAUAAGUAUAAUAGGUUAUGGACCUGCCUCAAGUUUCAUACGUUUGCGUUAUUCCUUGCAUACUUAGCCAGACCAGGAGGGGGUUUUGGUAUCAAGACUAGGCUACACAUGCUGUCGACAAUAUUCAUUAUAUUCAAGGCUGCAAGCAUAUAACAAAAUAAUAAGUCACUGCGGUCUGGGUUCCGCUCUUAGGGGGUUAAAGCUCUAAAAUCUGAGUUUCAGUUUAGAUUCUUGCCAGUGCUGUCAUUUGUGUUUGUAUAAGUAAUAAACAGAUUAACACAGGUUAGGUUCCACUCUUACAUGAGAACAAUUACUGAUCGCACUGACUGUUUCAAGAGCAAGCUUAGUAAAGUAAACAGAGUGAUUAGGUAUGCUCCUAAAAUUGGGUGCAAUAGGGUCCAGGAGUCAAGUCACUUAGAAAGGCUUCUCUCUGUUUAAAUAGUUAAGUGUUAAAUUAGUCUAAGUGACUUGACUCCUGGACCCUAUUGCACCCAAUUUUAGGAGAAUACCUAAUCACUCUAAUUCUAGGCGAAGUAUUUUGUGAAACUUCUGCCCAUAUCCAGUUUGAGACUUUUCACUGCAAGUCGGACUCCCUCACCUCUGGGUGUUGCAAUAGGCAUACCAGACCAUUCCAAUUUUAGUAAAGUAAACAGUCUAGGUACUAUAUGUUGCAGGUGUCACGUAUUGCUACGGCAUCAGGUACUAGCUAGUAUGUUAAACAUGGCGAUACGAUUUCUUAUCAGUAAUUGAUAGGAUUGUUCUUGUAUCUGGAUUGUUCCCUAAAAGCUGGUCUCCCAAACCCACAUUAUACAUAUCUCUGGAGUCCUAUUGGCAAGAUGGCAAGUGGUGAUGCAAUUCAUAGCAUAUAAUCACAUGUGUGGGAGGUGAGGUACCGACCAGAAUUCAGAAAUAGCAUUAAAGAUAUUCGGCACGUCUCCAAGGACUUAGCAUUGUAUCAGCAGUCGUUAAUGAUUUUAACCUCAUCUGCAUCAACCAUGUUCCACAGGAAGUAUACCAGAACACGUGUUUAAUGUGUCAUGGAGAGCAAUGUGUCCCUAAUGACAUGAUUAGCCAGCCCCCUACUAUCUGCCCUCACAUUAAAAUGUGCCUAAAUUACUAUUCAUUAGCAAUGAAUUAAUAAAAUUGGGUAUAAAUGAAACUUGACCAAAUCAAUUCAUCUGGCAGAAAAAAAGACAUUUGAUCGGGCGAGCUGAGGUUUGUCCUCGUUGCAUUUUGGUUUGGAUAAAUCUGGUCAGUGCACUCAUUUCAGUAAAAACAAUACAAAAAAAAAAAUACACAUAUUAGUGUUCUGCUAUGCAAAAAUCUCUCACAAAUUAGUAAAAUAAUUCUAAAUCAAUGAAUCAUAAUUGCCACUAGUAAUGGCUAGGCACAGCAGUAACCUAACCACCUCACUAGUCUCACACAAGGAUCAGCGACACAGGCUGUCUCCUAUUCCUAAUAGCUGCAGUUAAAGUGUCUGUAGCAAUCCUGCUUGGGAAUAUAUAGAUUAUAUUUUUCAUGAUCCCCCUUUUCCCUCUAUUGAUCACUUCUUGAUCUCACUUGAUCCAUUAAAGAGAUACUAUAGGCUCCAAAACAACCUUAGCUUUAUUAAAUGUUUUUUUGUACAGAUCAUGCUCCUACUGUCUCACUGUUUAAUUCUCUGCCAUUUAGACGUUAAAUCACUUUUGUUUCUGUUUAUGCAGUUCUAGCCACACCUCCCCUGGCUGUGACUCACACAGCCUGCAUGAAAAAAAUGGGUUCAGUUUCAAUCAGAUGUUAACUUACUUUAGAAGUUUUUAUCUCCUGCUAUGUAAAUUGAACUUUAAUCACACUCUUUUCUGUACGUAGGCAUCCUCCUUUCUGUAUGUGGGUUUUCUCUUGCCUGUAUGUGGACUUACCCUUGCCGUAUGUUGGCUUUCUCUUAUGCUCUUUUUGCUUGUACGUGUGCUUUCUCUUGUGUGUAUGUGGGCUUUCUUUGGCCUAUAUGUGGAAUUUCUCUUUUUCUCUAUGUAUACUUUCUCUUGUCUGCAUGUGGGCUUUCUCUUGUCUGUAUGUAUACUUUCUCUUGUCUGCAUGUGGGCUUUCUCUUGUCUGUGAUGUGGGAUUUCUCAUGUUUGUAUAUAGGCUCUCUCUUGUCUGUAAUGUUGGCUCUCUCUUAUUUGUAUAUGGGCUCUGUCUUCCUUUACAGACUCUUCUCCUACUGGUUGCUACUGAUAGUACUGCAUUUAUACACUCACAAACACAGACCGACACUGUUUUUAAUCUUUUACCAUUUCUGGCUUUAAAAGCUUGAGACCUCAAAUUUGUUUUUAAUUAUCUUCGUAAAGUUAAUUUUAUCUUAGAUACAUACUGGCUGUUUGGUAAUUGUUAUUUCCAACAUUAUUCUAGGAGUAAUUUCUAUAUAAUUAGUGACAGCUAACCUGUGCACUGCAGAUAUUUUUAAACUAUAUUUCCCAUGAUGCUGCUUAGCCAAUCAUCACUGCUAUCAGGGCUUAGACAUUUAAGUCCUAUGCUACUAGCCAAGAAGUAAAAGUUACUUGCCAAUGCAAGACAUAUCAUGCCUACUCACCAGGGCUUAAAUUUCACUCUCCAAUGGUUUUUGCCUCUCUGACUUUAGUCACUGUCUAAAGCUAGCAUUGCAAACUGUUAAAGGUACAUUAUAGUCACCAGAACAACUACAGCUUAAUGUAGUUGUUCUGGUGAGUAUAAUAGCUCCCUUCAGGCAUUUUCAUGCAAACACUGCCUUUUUAGAGAAAAGGCAGUGUUUACAUUGCCCCUAGGGACACCUCCAAGUGGCCACUCAUCAGAUGGCCACUGGAGGUGCUUCCUGGCUCAGUGCUGCACAGUAAGCAGCCCUGCCGUUCAGCGUCCCCACGCUCUGCAUUGGGACGCUAAAUUUUCCUCAUAGAGAUGCAUUGAUUCAAUGCAUCUCUAUGAGGAGGUCCUGAUUGGCCAAAACGGCAUUUGACCCUGCCACGUGCCGAUUUUAGCCAAUCCACGGCGCUGGAAAAAGAUGAGUUUUAUACUUUUAUAAGGGAGCCAGGGGGGGUAAGCCACCUAAAUUGUGGAUUAAACACUAUAGGGUCAGGAAUAAGUGUUUGAGUUCCUGACCCUAUAGUGAUCCUUUAAAAUAAAUACUCCCAACAAACUAAACGUUCAUCAGGCUGCUAGAGAUCCACAAAACGUUAAAAGGACUAUACUGCUAGCUUAUUUAUUCAACAGUCAUGUCCUAUGCCUUUACCUUUUAGGAUGUAUUUCCUAAUGUGAGAAUUCACGUGCUUUCAGUUCUGUUUUUGUGUCCUAUAAUUUGAAAUUCAAUAUGAAUGCUCACUUUAAUAAAUAACGAUGUUUUUGGUAACGUCUUUUUUUUUUUUAUUAUUCUUUAUUUUUGGUAUGCAGGUAGUUACAACAGUGCCUGUGACGCCACAACAGCAUUAGCAGGCUCGAUUUUUAUAGACAUAUGAUAGCAGUAUUGUGGCAGGUUGGAUAUGCAUACAUUUUUUUAAGUGAAAAAGGUAACGAUACAGCAAACGAGCUAUUAAUAAUAUGCUUUAAGUUAAAUUAGUGCGAAUAGCUUGAGGCAUCAUGUGAGAUCGACAGGCUAUACUUAGAGAAAACAGUAAUGUACAAUUCGCUUGCCGUGUUUUAAAACGCACAAAUUUUGGUUAACAAAACUGGCUAGGCACAUGUUGGUUAGACAUAGUGAAUUACUUGAUUGUUUGGUAACAGUAGCUUAGGAUUAGCGAUUAUAGUGAAUGUCGUCGCUGUAUAUUAUAUGAAAAUCUCAAGCUAUUAAACAGCGUUUUUAUGGUGGAACAUGCUAAGCUAGACAUGUAUAGGACAUUGCGAAUUGCACCUAGGGUAUAAAGCAGGCUAGUUGUUUAAACGUAUGCGCAUUUAAAAUAAAGAAAGAAAUAAACAACAAGAGAAGUAAUUGCUAGACCAUUCGUUUGUUGCAGGUUAGUUGCUGGUUUUAACAGGUUUACCGUGUUGGCUAGUCUGCGUGCUAUAUGUGACGUGUGUGAUUACCGCUGGGCAUUUAAGUAUACUAAUUAAAGUGUUGGCGCAAUUGGGGGGACAUCUCAUUGUGGUUAAGGGUCUAGAGAUGGGGCAUUAGGUCUAGAGAUGGGGCAUUAGGUCUCAUAAUCCUCUUGGGUGUGACAGCUUUGGUAUCCCUGACUUGGUAUGAGGAAUGAUUUGUGUCUCCCGAAACCAAAAGGGUGAAGUGAGCUGAGCUCCCCGUUAGUUAUCACAUGCACAGUUAUGGUGGAGGUAAGGAUCGAGCUAGGGUAUCACUGCGUGACUCUGAAAACUCCUGGCUCAUUACUAGUCUGCCCCUGCUGUGGGAGUCGCAUAGUGGGUUUGAGUCAGGUUAUUAGUAGAGAGCAUGUUAAGGGAGAGUUAACACAAAACUAAACAAUAACAUAUUAUAUUGCAGAAUCAUCUGGUAAGCGUGUUAAUAAAAAUAAGACGUCUCCUAUCUGAUACGCUGGGAGCCUGGCUGUAGUCAGAUUAAAGCAACAGAGUAAACAAGUAAAAUGUCAUAUGAUUAUCCGGCAUAACUGUAUCUAUACAGUGGGGUGCAAGAACGAAAAAAAACAAAAAACCCUCAAGGUUAUCGUGCGCAGGGAGCACUGUUAGGCUAUGCUUGUUAUUUAGAGGGAGGUGGCAGUAAUAUCUAGACUGUUAAUAGAAUGACAUUGGUAACAUCUUUUAAUAAAAGAGCACUCUAUAUUUACUAACAUUCUCUCAACGAAUCCUUUUAGGUUUACAAAGAAGAUCUACCUCAGCUAAAACAGCAAAACAAAGAAAAGGACUCAUUGCCUUCCCUAAAAAGAGAGAAAGCCCCCGAGGAAAGCCUGAAGCUGAAAUUUGUGCAUGGGUAACUAUUAGCUAAAUCCAAUUCAACAUAUUUAUUCACUAAACAAAUUGUACUGAAUUAAAGUGCAAACGUUAUGCAGAAAUAGCAAAACGAUGACUUAUAGCAGAAGUUUAAAUCUGUGUGGCCCUCUUGUGUCAGUCCCAAGUACUGCAUGUAAUGGUAUUUCCCAUAGCAAGGCUAGUGUAAUUGUAUUACUGUUUGUGCACACAUUCCAUUAUCGUACCUACCUUUGUAGGGCAACUCACCAAGAUGUUUAAAUAAAGUAUGCAUAUAACCUAAACAUUGUUAUAUAGAAAAAUGGAAAUAUGCUGAAAUACAAGACUCCUUAAGGACGGAGGCGAUUGUCCAUGUCGUAAACCAAAACAAAACCUAGAAUUUGAGCUACAUGUCUGUUCAACCAUAAUUUACCAUUUUCAUGUUAAGUGCAGCCACACUUAUUAUAUAUCAUUUUAUUCUUGAUAAAUAGGGCUUUCAUUCCAUAUAAAAUAUUUUUAUAUGGUACACAAUUUCAUAUGAAUAAAAUCCCAAAAAGUGUGAGAAAUUAGGAAAAUGUGUUACUUUCCAAGUUCUGCAUGGCAUUUUAACUGUUAAUGUCCCAAGGGUGCCACCCUUGUACAGGUUUUAACGGGGAUUUAGAAAGUUAAAGGGUCAAAUAAAGAGCUUGCCAAUUUCAGUUUUUACACUUUGUUUUGCUGGGCCCAUGUUGCCUUUAAGACUGUAUGGCAGCCUGGAAUGAAAAUUACCCCCAUCAUGGCAUACCAUUUGAAAAAGUAGACAACCCUCAUCAAAUCUAUAUCUAUCUAAACAUAGUGUUCAUAUUUGCUUCUUGCAUUUUUUUACACAAAAAGGCAAGUUCCCCAAUAUAUAUAUUUAAUAAAACAAUAUAAAAUACAAUUAGAAUGAAAAAAAAAAAAUAUAUAUAUUCCUGGCCAGAGUGAGAUAGUUACAUAGACCGAAAAAAUGCCCAUUAAGUUCAGCCUUUCGCACAUCUGUUUUUUGCUGUUGCUCCCCAAAAAAAGGCAAACAAAACAUUUUUUUUCCAGUUUUGGAACAAACCAGGAAGAACUUCCUUCUUAUGCCCAGAAUGGUAGUCUGAUCUCUCCUUUGAUCAAGAAGCUGUUAGCUCACAUAUUAAAUAUAUCCCCGAACAUUAUGUUUCUGCAAGAAUUCAUCUAGUUGCUCUUUCAAAAUCUGUACAGACGCUGAUAAAAUCACAUCUUAAAGCAGAGAACUCCACAUCAUUAUUGUUCUUACUGUAAAUUACCCUUUCCUUUGCCAUAGAAUAAAUCUAAUUUCUUCCCGACUAAUGUGUGUCCUCAUGUCCUUUGUAUCUUCCAUUCCCUUAUUAAUUUUUGAAGCCCACCUCUGCACUUUUUUCUGCCAUAAUAUCCUUCAUUAGAACAGGUGCCCAUAAUUGCAUGGCAUAUUCAAGGUGUGGUCUUACUAAUGAUUUUAUAAAGAGGUAGAAUUAUAAUUUUGUCCCGACAUUUAUUGCAACUGCAGUUUUAGAAGGUGACUUUGCAUUGAACUGUAGUGAAUUUCCAGUUUGGGCAUUGUUCUCCGUGAAUGUUUUUCACCUGCCAUUAUACAAAAUGUUCAUGCAAGUCAACCUUCAGCAGUCAGAUAUAUUUGUAAGGAUACAGCAGAAUAGAAAUUUGAAGGUGCUGAUGGGUGGAAUAUUCAGGGUGCUGGGAAAAAUUCAAAAGAAUUUAAGUUGGUUUAUUGCUCAUUUCCUCCACCACAUGUUAUUUAUUUUUUUACUAAUCGAUUGCUGUAUGUCUUUUCUAGCUACAGAGGCUAUGACUGCAGAAACAACUUGUUCUACACUCAGACAGGAGAGGUGGUUUACCAUGUGGCCGCUGUUGCUAUGGUUUACAAUAGAGUGCAGCACUCACAACGGUUCUACCUUGGUCAUGAUGAUGACAUUCUAAGUCUGGCCAUUCAUCCUGUGAAAGAUUAUGUAGCUACUGGUCAGGUAUGGACUUUAUGAUUUUGCUUGCAAGCUGUGUUGUGGGUCUGUACUAUGGUGUUUGGUGUUGAAUAUCGGUCCCAUGACAAUUUUUUGUUUUUUGACCCUUUCUAUAGUUACUUAUUGUGCAGCAUACAAGGUGCAUGGUUCAUCAUGGUUGUUUAGUCACAGAGAUUCAUGUCUUCUGCACCUUUAAGAUGGCGCUGGAAAUGAAUUGACGCUGUGUCAUUCUGGCAUCAGUUUUAAACAGUCAGACCUGCAUGGUAUUUUGGAGCCCACAGCCAUGGUCAUGUCUCAUUUCUGAGAUGCGCAUCACAGACCAAUCAGCACUGACUUUAGGUUAUUUGAGAUUACUCCUUGGGUUGCCCUGUUUUGCGCUCAUAUACCCAAGAGUGCAUUUGUUCUACUUGAUUAUUUGGUUACUGAAUUGGCUCGAUUUCCCAGAAUUAGGAUCUCCCUGACCUUUGCAAGUUUCUCAAGAAGUCUUAUCAAUAAACUGCAAUCUUUGAAUUUGGAUUCCAAUAUUGUUGAAUGGGUUGGGCAGUGACUGAGUGACAAGCAACAGAGGGUUGUAGUCAAUGGAGUACAUUCAAUUCAAGGUCUUGUUACCAGUGGGGUCCCUCAGAGUUCUGUUCUUGGAAUCAUUCUCUUCAAAAAUUUUAUUAGUGAUAUUACAGAAGGUCUUGAUGAUAAGGUAUGUCUUUUUGCUGAUGACACAAAGAUUUGAACAGGGUUUAUGUUCCAAGAGGGAUAAGCCAAAUGGCAAAUGAUUUAGGUAACUAGAAAAGUGUUCAGAGCUGUGGCAACUGACAUUUAAUGUGGAUAAGUGCAAGAUAAUGCAUCUUGGCUGUAAAAAACCCAAGGGCAGAGUAUAGAAUACAGAGGACAGGGCUUUAGGGAUAAUUUUACAAUAGGGUACAUAGAGCACUAUAGUACAAGAAAGGGUGGGGUCAGACAAUAGCAAGGGCAGUUGGGAGAUUAAGGAGGGACAAAGCAGCUAGUUUAAACUCGUCCCUGGGACAAUGCCCUGCUAUGGAAACAAUAGGAUAGGAAAAAGGGGAAGGGGUAGAGGCACAUUCAACAUACUCCUCCUCUGUACCUGAGAGAUAAUUGAGUCAGGAACUGCACAAACUCAAUUAUUUUCAGUUACAAAAAACACACAAUUUCACAACACCCCAAAAUUCAUGGAAACCCCUCAAGAGUCACAUGCCCAGAUAGCCCUGAUCUGAAUGACCAUCAUAUCCAAUAAUCACUCAGAACAAUGGUUCGGAUUUUCCAUGUAAGUCAACUUUUAACAUGUCUUUCUAUAUGGCCCAUUGUCCUUGGGCAGGAGGCUAGCCAGCAGGCCCCUCCAGAAACACGUGGCAGAGGCAUCUUUGCUACACUAUGUUUCUGUGCACUGACUUUGGCCUGUUUCUUGGACUACCCUUUGUCUUUCUUCAGACUGGCUACUGCCCUUAAUGUAAAGCAAAGCCAUUACAUAGGAUAUAUGUUUUCUGACCGUUUUUCCAAGGUUUGCUUGAGGUCAUUGACACAGAGAUACUGUCUGUGUAAUAAAGGCAAAACCAUAUUUAAAGCAUUCUGUUAUUUACAUUCUUCACUGGUAUGCCAAAUUCUUCAUGGAGACACCAUUUCCAUCUGCACUAUAAAUAAUAGAGAAUGUGGAAGGGUAGACAAUUAAAGGUGCUUAGAUCACAUACUGGGAGGGUACUCAGCGGGAGGUUACAACAUGAUAAGGUGCCGUGUGAGAGUUUAUGCAAUGAUUGGAGAUUACAUGAGGUGGGUACCCUGAGAAGUUACAUGAUUGUUGCGUGCAAAGAAAAAGGUUACAUAAUAGUAGGGUACCCAGUGGGAGAUUACAUGAUGCAUGGAUACCCAGUGGGCGAUUACAUGAUUGGUGGGUACCCUGUGGGAGGUUACACAAUGGUAGGGUGCCCAGUCGAAGAUUACAUGAUGAGUGGAUACCAUAUGGGAUGUUACAGGAUUGGUGGGUACCCUGUGGGAGGUUACAUAAUGAGAGAGUACCCAGUGGGAGAUUACAUGAUGAGUGGAUACCCUGUGGGAGGUUACAUAAUGAGAGAGUACCAAGUGGGCGAUUACAUGAUUGGUGUGUAACCUGUGGGAGGUUACAUAAUGAGAGAGAACCCAGUGGGUGAUUAUAUGAUUGGUGGGUACCCUGUGGGAGGUUACAUAAUGAGUACCCAGUGGGCGUUUAUAUGAUGAGUGGAUACCCUGUGGGAGGUUACAUAAUGAGAGAGUACCGAGUGGGUGAUUAUAUGAUUGGUGGUACCCUGUGUGAGGUUACAUAAUGAGUGGCAUAUUCAAGGUGUGGUCUUACUAAUGAUUUUAUAAAGAGGUAGAAUUAUAAUUUUGUCCCGACAUUUAUUGCAACUGCAGUUUGGGCGUUUAUAUGAUGAGUGGAUACCCUGUGGGAGGUUACAUAAUGAGAGAGUACCGAGUGGGUGAUUAUAUGAUUGGUGGGUACCCUGUGGGAGGUUACAUAAUGAGAGAGAACCCAGUGGGUGAUUAUAUGAUUGUUGGGUACCCUGUGGGAGGUUACAUAAUGAGAACCCAGUGGGUGAUUAUAUGAUUGGUGGGUACCCUGUGGGAGGUUACAUAAUGAGUACCCAGUGGGUGAUUAUAUGAUUGGUGGUACCCUGUGUGAGGUUACAUAAUGAGUACCCAGUGGGCGUUUAUAUGAUGAGUGGAUACCCUGUGGGAGGUUACAUAAUGAGAGAGUACCGAGUGGGUGAUUAUAUGAUUGGUGGGUACCCUGUGGGAGGUUACAUAAUGAGAGAGAACCCAGUGGGUGAUUAUAUGAUUGGUGGGUACCCUGUGGGAGGUUACAUAAUGAGUACCCAGUGGGCGAUUAUAUCAUUGGUGGGUACUCUGUGGGAGGUUACAUAAUGAGUACCCAGUGGGCGAUUAUAUGAUUGGUGGGUAACCUGUGGGAGGUUACACAAUGGUAAGAUACCAAGCGGGAGGUUACAUAAUGAGAGGGUUCCAUGUGGAAUGUUAUAUGUUGGGAUUAUACAUAACCCAAUACAUAAUGGGAGAUUAACAGAUGAGCGGUGACACAGUGAGUACCCGGUGGGAUUCCCUGGUUUCUUCUUUUUUUUUUUUUUUAGUUGUCUGGAAUGAAAUAUUUGCUUCCAAGUCAUAGUUCUUUAUUAGCUUCUCCCUUCCAGUGAAUUCUAUAUUACAUAGAGCAGGAGCAGGUGUAUGACAUCAUAUUCCUGUGUCCACUGUUGUACAGAGGAUAGUGGGAUUAAAGAGCAGGGGAGAGAGACUGAGAGACCUAUUGCAUUCAAGACAUUUGCAAUUAACUCUGGUACCUUCACACAAUGACCAAAUGUGAAUGUGAGAGAUGGUGAGUUAGUUGUUCUUAAGCUCCAUGCUGUAAGAAGGUUUUGGUGUUUGGUGGCUUCAUUUCCAGAUGGACAAAUACUCCACCUUCCUCUAAGGAAUAUAGUUUGGUUUAGCCCACAGAAACUGAUUAAUUGUCACAUGUUGAUACUGGAGUGCUAUGUGAAAUUCCAUGUUUGAUGUUUGUAUUGUGAAUACAUGAUCCUUUGUAAUAUAGGUUGGAAGAGAUGCAGCUAUUCACAUAUGGGACACGCAGACGCUCAAAUGCUUAUCAUUACUGAAAGGACAGCAUCAGCGAGGAGUCAGUGCGCUGGAUUUUUCAGGUAGGGAAGAUGCCUGUGUAUGUUUCUGUAAUAAUAAUUGCUUUCUACGCAAAUUUUUAGAUAAAUUCACUGAUAACAGAAUAAAAAUACUGUGACGGUAGUAAUCUGUAUCACCGUCUGGUAUUCCCUUUUUCCCAAUAGCAGAAUAACAACAAUAAUCCACAGGGUAAAAUAACGCUGGUAUCGCCAAAUAAUCCACACAUGAGCCAAAGCUUAAUGCUGGAACAAGACUGAUUUACUGGAAGCAACAGGCAUUCAAUUUAUACAGUAACAGACUCCUCCUCUGGGCCAGGCUAGAUAAUUGGGUUUCAGCAACAUACUAAACUCAAUUAUCUGCUGGCCAGAAACAUUACCAAUUUUCCACAUUUUUAGAAAUAUACUUUAUACAUGACAUAGGAAUAUAAAAAAAAAAACACAUCCCUGGGUAGCUGAGGAUACUGGGAGUAACAUAUCCAAAUUACACGAAAAUCCGUUUGGUAGUUUUUCGUGUCGCAUCGUGUGAAAGUUUGCCAUGUGGUUGUAUCCGAGUUAGAGUUCCAUGAAAUUGGUAGCAGGAGCCGGUCUCCGUUCAUGCAGAAUUACACGAAAACCACCACAGUUAUACGGUAUCUGGUUACAUGCGAAUGCUCCCCUCAUUCGGUUGAUUGAAACUCCCGAACGCCAGUCUGAUACUGUGAGCGGAAAUCGGUCAGACGGGACUUCCAUAGAGACCUGGUGUUCAUGUGGUUGCCAUGCCGAAAAUGGUUCCAGGCAAUCCACAAGUAAGUCCUGCUGGCCGCAUUUGGGAGAUUUAAGAUGGCCGCCAUCCUUUGUUCUCGCCACGUGUUCGUAUGCCGAAUGGCGCCAACUAGAAGCACUCAAUUACCUUGCGGUUUUCAUGGUUACUUGGUGUUCUGAGUUCUGAUUGCUACCCAGGGUGGUCUCUGUUCAGUAGAACGAAUAAAUGUCCCGAACACAGAAACAAACAACGAAUACUUUAAAGUCACUUACCGCUAAACACAAGGAAAUCCUUUACAAAUACUUAUUUAUUAUUAGAUUUAACAGUUUGUAUUGGAGAAAAGUCGGCUGGUACAUGGUGAUGGAACAAAUAUUAGAUACAGAAAAAUGGGUACUUGUCUAAACUCCUGUCUCUCAGUCAGACAGCUUGCUGGAAGUGGAAUUUAAGUUGCUGCAUGAAAAUUACAUCUUAGUGAGCAGUUUACUAAUACCCUUACCUCCCCCCUUCACUGACUUUAAUACCCACCCUAUAGAGGGUGCAGAGCCUGGUUUGCCAAUGGGUAGUGAAAGCAAUCUGCCUACAGGUACCUGUCAACUUCGUGCACCUGCCCUGAUUCCAAACGUGUGAUUUGAUAUUCCAUUUUGCAAUUUUCUGAGAAUUAUGUAUCGACAGUCACCUGAGAUGUAAAUGUGUCCCUGAGAGGCUCUAUGAAGAAUAGUACUUGUAACCGCAAUAAUAAAAGCUACUGGACCAUGGAGACAAUACUUAAUCAUUUUCAGCCAGUUUUGGCUUUCUCGGAUACAAAAUCUUUGCAAAGUAAUUCUGCUAGUAUAUAAAAAGGUCAUUAAAUACUCCCAGCUGCUUUCUUCAUACCGUACAGCUUUCUUAGCAACAAAGACAUUUUAAACACCGUAAUUAAGUGAUAACGACUUUGGAAUAGUUCUGUGCAUGAUCAGAUAAUGAUUCUCAGCUGCACGGAACAUGUCACCGGAACCAGACAUGGUGGAAAAAAUAAAGUAUACUUGAAGCAGCUAAAAAUACAGAGAUGGCAUGAGAAAGGCAUGGUAUGUUUACCUGAUACUCAACGAGUUAGUUGUCAGUAGCUUUUCAGCGCAAGUAGGAUUAUUUACUAAAGGAGAAUUCAAAGUAAAUUUCAAAUUUAAUUCAAUUAACAAAAUGUAGACAAAAAUAGUUGUGACUUGACUAUUUAUGCCUAAAAAUUGUUGGAGAAUUUUUCAAAUAGGUUAUUUUUGUAUACAUUUAUAAAUUUGGUUUUCAAUUCACUACAAUUUAGCAAUUGGUGACUAACCCCUACGUGUUUACCAAUGAUCUGUUUUUAUAUCUGUCCAAGUCCAUUCACCCAGGGCCAAGGUUUCAUCAGUUUUUACGGUGAUACUAAACCUAUUACAGUAUAUGAGGAUAUAGAAAGUCAUUUUUUUAAAAAUAUUUGCACCAUCAUAUUUUAAAAUCUGCAUUGUAUUUAUCAUUUCUAAAAUGACUUUUAUCUGUAUCUAUAAUCUAUGUAUUGAUUUUUGAAAUCUAGUUUAACAUCGACACGUUACUUAUUACAACAUAUUUUCCCUAACCCACAAAUCUAUGUCUUGCAGCUGAUGGUAAAUGUUUAGUGUCUGUUGGUUUGGAUGAUAACCAUACCAUCGUCUUCUGGGACUGGAAAAAAGGAGAAAAAAUAUCAACUACGCGGUACGUUCAUGUUUAUUGGAGGUCAGAGUAGCAAAGAUAUAAGAUGUUAAGAUUUCGAAAUUUGGAACACUGGUUGUUUACUGCCUUAUAUUUUGUUAUCUUGUCAAAUAUAUAAAACUAAAUAAGCACCGCACGCCAAACAAGUAUAUUUUAUUAGUCAACACAGUUACAAAUUGCUGUUGAGUACUUGUUUUUAUUCAAUACAAAUCCUUCUACAUAAUUAUCUAUCUGUUAGAGAAAUUCAUAGGCAUAAGACACUUGGUAGAAUCACACUGUCAGCACUUGCCAAAAUAUAAAUACCCCUGUUACAGUAUUUCUCUGCUCGGUUGUGGUACUGACUGCUGAUAAAAAAAUCAACAUAUUGCAGCAGGGCAGCCCUUUUCAUGCACUGUCCAUUUUUAUGAUUGGUAUGAAUCAACUCUGGAUCUUGUAACCUUUGCGUUAGACAUGGAGGCCCAAUCCCAUGAACCAUUGAAAAACAACACACGUAUUAAAAUGUCACAAUAGCAUCUAUGUUUUUCAAAGAGAAAUAUUAAAGUGGAACUGUCACAUGUCUAUUUGUGACACAACCCAGUAGCUAACUAUAACUUAAAUAUAGGUUGUGCUUUUAUAUUUUAAUAAAACAUAAAUCAAUAUAAUUUGUUUAUUAAUUCAUAUUUACAUUUUGACUAGGUCACACACAUUGUGUAUGCUCCAUACCUCACUAGCGAUACUGUAAGAGAAAAGUUGGUCUCGUUAAGGUGUGCCUUAGUUCUUAAAAUAUUGGGGGCUACUGUUGUAGGAAGCUUCUCCUGCCUAGCCUUGUGCUAAAUAGCUCAAAGCUGCACCUUGUGGUUUACUGAGUAACAGCACUGGUUAGUAGGAUCUUGAUCUCCAGCCUUACACUUAGUAUUGAUUUGUAGUAAACUAUAUUUCAUUGUCUCACAGAGGGCAUAAGGAUAAAAUAUUUGUGGUGAAAUGUAACCCCCAUCACUUGGAUAAGCUGGUCACCGUUGGAAUGAAGCACAUCAAAUUUUGGCAGCAAACAGGUACUGUUAGUAUUAAGUUUUCUGUAAUUAGAAUUAUGAGUCCUACUUGUAACUUCCUUUAUGACUCAGGGCAGGUUUGUUAGCUAAUUACAGUUCGUAGUAGAUAGCGGUCACCAUCGCUUAUAUGUAAUAUUUGAUAUUUUAAAAAAAUCUUGAUAUAUUUGUUUUUUAUAAAUUAUAUAUUUUUUCAUGAAUAUUAAUAUUUUGAAAGUGUAUCCAAAAAUUUGAAAACAUUUGGAAAGCUUAUCUAACAAUAUAAAAAAUUGAGGUCUUUGUUGGUAUUGUUUAAUCAUGCUAAAUAUUAAUAAAUCACAAUGUGAUGCUAAAAUCUUUUCCCAUUACUUUAAGGUAAGAUAUGUUUUCCUUAUGUUCUGUACCUUAAUGGACAUUCAAACAUUAAACCUAUCUGGUUUAUGUAUCCAGAAACUAAUAUUCAGCAGACUUGCAUUAAGCUAAAGACAUUGUAAAUGUAUGGUGAAAAUAACCAGCAGAUAACAGUUUUGGUCAAAUUUUAGGAAUAUUUGAUCAUCCAUAGAAGGCUAUAUUGAUCAUUUGUGUUCCUUAUGGCAGGGGGUGGAUUCACAGCAAAGCGAGGUAAUUUCGGUAAUGUUGGAAAACUGGAGACCAUGAUGUGUGUUUCGUACGGACGCGCAGAAGAAUUGGCCUUCUCCGGAGCGGCAACAGGAGAUAUUUAUGUCUGGAAGGAUGUUAUUUUGCUAAAAACUAUCAAAGCUCAUGAUGGGCCUGUUUUUGCCAUGUACGCAUUGGAUAAGGUGAUCAUUUUUUUUUUUUUAUACAUGAUAAAUUUCAUUCUCACAUAAAUGUAUUGCCAGGAGCUAGUCAAUGCUCAAGUUCUAUUUACAGAAUAACGUGAAGCACAAAAGAUCCUAAAAAUAGACCUGUGACAAUUUGAAAAGUUACUCAUCAACCUACAACAGUCCAUUAUUUAGGGACUGUUAGUUUUAAGAUUCAGCCGAGCAGACUUUUCAGGGACUAACUGCUUUUUGAAAGGAAAUCUGUGCCUUUAGAAUAUGACAGGAUCCUACUGCAUUCUCCCUAUUUUCCCAGUCACAUACUACUUGCAUAAUAUUUGGCUUUAACUCAUGGUUGACAUACUGCAUACCACUCUACGUUUCUUGCUUUUUCUAUCCUUCCUAAACAAUGUGUAAUCAUUACAGCUAACUGCCCAAUCAUGUGUCUCAUCCCACCAUGUUUCUUUUAUGCCUAUUAUGUCAUAUUGCUUAGUGUAUGCAAUUGCCUCUAGUUGCCCCAUUGUGUUAUUUGAGCCACUUGUACUGUAUGUAAAUUUUUAUUACAUACUUUCACUCUUCUGAUUGUACCCCAGACUCCAUCUACACCCCCCUUGACCUAAGCUAAAUCCAAUCUUGUUUCUGUUUUAUCUUCAAUUUUGAAGCAUACUUAGCAUUCCCAAUUAAUAUCACCUGCAUACUAAUGCCAGGGCCUUUGUUUUAAACGUAUUGUCCUUUGUCCUAAUCAUGCUAUGUCUUUAAUAUAAAUUACAAUAUGUUUUGGGACAGGGCUUUGUAACAGGUGGCAAAGAUGGAGUGGUGGCACUUUGGGAUGAUAUGUUUGAAAGGUGCCUUAAGACGUACGCCAUCAAGAGAACAGCUCUUUCUCCAGGUUCAAAAGGUAAUCCUUUACCAUUGUUUUAUUUAAGAGAUUAUUGUAUUUUUAACAUGAUGUGAGAGAGGCCAAGUAUAAUAUGUUAACAUUCUUUAGUUGUGUGACUGUUGAUAAGGAUCAUAGAAAGGUGGUAAAAAUAGAUAUUGUUGAUUAGGAAGAGCAGUUUUUAGUAUUUAGUAGAAUUGGAAGCUUAAAGGUUUACUCCAAGCACCAUGGCCCCUUCGGUGAUUUGAAGUGGUCAUGGUGCCCGGAGUCUGUAUGCGGCAUUUCACAAUGAAACGUUGCAUGAACAGAGAUCAACCCCUUAGUUUCUGGAUGUGAGACUCCACCUCUGGCGUGUCAUUUGCCAGCCCAGAACAUGCUGGCCUUGCUAAUGUCAGUUUAGUGCAAAAUUGGCAUCUGACGCAAACGCACAGCAUUCUUGUGCCAACCAGCUAAUGACAGCAUGCCUCACCUUCUGUGCUGCUCCUCCUUCUGUGCUGUCCUCCCUUAAGUCUGUCCUACCUCCCCUAAUGGGAGUUGUGUCAGCAGAGUAAAAUUGAGUGAAGAUGGAAGAGAAGUAAGUUUUAGCGUUUCUUUUAUUUAUUUAUUUAAAUUUAGUGAGGAUUGCCACCAGAGAAUGGGUUACUCUAACCAAAACCAGUAUUUUAUAAAAGCUCUGGCAAUUUGUUGGAGUAAUUCUUUAAGGGACAAUACCUUGGCUGCUGAGAGGGGUCAGAAAGUCAAUUUAUAUGGGAGAGAAUAUUAAACGUAAACUUAAAUAUGAAAACUGAUGAGAUUCAAAGGCUUCCAAUAUCAGAAGACACCAGGCCAAGCUUAGUCAGACUAAAUGUAUUUCCCUUCAGCAUGGAAAGACUGCAUAGUAUGAGAUGGUAUUUUGCCAAGAGCUGCCAUAGGUUUAGGAAAUGUGAACUUACCAUAUUGUUGUAAAUAUUCUGUAGGUCUACUUUUAGAAGAUAAUCCUUCCAUUCGUGCUAUCACUUUGGGGCAUGGGCACAUUUUGGUGGGGACGAAAAAUGGAGAGGUACUGGAAAUAGACAAGAGUGGCCCAAUCACACUCCUGGUGCAGGUAACAGUUUAUUUUUUAUAUUGUGAAUAUUGUGACAAGAAUAUAUGUAUGUUUUAAUGUGAGAAACCCUUUGUCUUAUUCAUAUUACCAAAGUCAUUUUGUUUUACCAUGUUCCAUGGAUCAUUUAGAUGGCACUGUUGGAGUUUGAUGCUUACAGUACUGAUAGCCAUGCAUGGAUCACUGUUUAGGUUUUACUCAUUUACUAAUUGUUCCUAAUUGAAAACAAAUAGGUAAUUCCUGACAGAUGACCUUUGACGACUGUUUUUAGAACCACUGACAAGCCAUGCAAACUAAGCUUCUAGAAGUAGAGUAUUUGAUUUGUGCAGAGCAUUGUGGGUACGGGCCUCAGAAAACAUGUAACAUCCAAAUCCUGGAGCACUCUACAUGAAUUUCACAAAAUAUGCAAAUAUAUGCAUAGUAUUGCGUCAAUGUGCAUAACCAGGGUUUAACCAAGUUCAUAGCCUUUGGAACCUGGGCUCUUUAAAUUGUCAGAUGUUAUAAGGUUACAGGUGCUUUUUGAUACUUGGCAUUUAAUGAACUGAUUUUAUUGUCAUUUUAUUUUUUUUAAUUUCUCUUUCUCUUGUCUGAGUGAGGCUGUUGCAAUUUUCAUGUUUUACCUGGAUUCCCAAAUAUAUUUAUAUAUGAAACCAAUAUAGUGUGUGUGUUGUUUAGUUUAGUUUUUAUUUUUGCAGGUUUUUGUUUUUUGCAGUUUUAUUAUAAAGUUUGCAAUUUCUUUCCUGACAUUUAAACCCCACAGUUUCAUUGUGCACGAUUAUACAUUGUUAUGUUUUCAGAAUGAUGCAUUAUUACGGUUCUGGCUGAUAUCAUUAUUAUCUUAGAAAUUGAAUUAUCAUCCAUAGUUCCUGUUGGCAUAGAAGCCCAGUUUGAAGGCAGAAGCCUUUGUAAUGUAAUUAUAUAUAGGCUAAAUGCAUUACUGUGCACUCUGAUUGGAUCGAUGGGAGCAUGUCUUGACUAAUCCAUGAUGCGAAGAAUAUUUGAGAUGUAAUUAUAAUCUACCACAAAUCAGUAAUAAGCCAUUGGAAUAUGAAACAGAAUUCAUCAAGGCUGUAGUUAUCAGUUUCUCUGGGGGUGCUGGAAGAGUAAAACCCAACAUCCUCAUAGAUAUCUCGUCCUAACACAUCCAGCAAUGGCCUAGGAUUGCCUUCUUAUUGGCUAAUAUGUGGCUCUUCACUUAUUCUGGUCUGUGUUACCUACGUGGCUCAUGGGAAAUGUAGUCCAUAAUGACUGGAGAAACAAAAAUGUGUCAUCUCGGCCCUAGGGUCUCGAUCAGAGCUGAAAAUGAUGUCCCCUACAAUGUUAUAGAGCAGGAGUAGGCAACCUUUUAGCAGCACUGUGCUGAUGUAGGAUUGUGAUGUCCCGUAGCGUGCCGGUCCUAUUUUCUUUAAAUUGAGGUGUGUAUGCUGCCGUAUUCUGCUUGUGUUAUUUAUACUGUAAUUGCUUUGUAUUGUUGUAUUUGUGCGUAUAUGAGCUAUUAUAUUGUAUAUGUUCAGGAGUAGUUUGUGGUAUCGUGUAUGAUACAUAUGAAUGUGGGCUGUGUAUGGGGGCUGCUUGUGGAAUUGUGUGUGUGUGGAUGGAUAUGUCACAUUGUGUGUUUGGUAGUGUGUGUAUGUGUGGGGGCUGUUUGGGGUAUUGCAUGUGAGAGGCUGCAUGUGGGGUUGUAUGUAUGUAUGUGGAUUGUUGGUGGUGUUACGUUUGUGCAGACUGUGUGUGUGUUUGUGUGUGGGCUGUUUAUAUUAUUUGUAUGAGGGGAGGGUUAUUCUGCAGCUCUGCGUAUAUCUAGCAGUGUGGGUGGCUUCCCUGGGUUCCAGUGGGGACCAGGCUGGUCCCCACAGGUCAAGGACCGGAGCUGCAACAGCAGCUGCAGGCUGCACUACUACUGUCUGGAUUCCCAUUCACAAGUGCUGGGAGGAAGUGAUCUGAGAUCACUUACUCUAUGUGCUGCAAUGCAUAAAUUGAGGAUUGUCCUCAACCAUCUUUUCGUAUUAACAGAUAUCUGAAGUUUCACUGGAACUCCUGAUAGGCCAGUGCCUGUUUGGCUCUAGCAGCCUUGAGUGCCGUGCAAAGACACCUUGAGUGCCGUGCAUGGCACUAGUGCCGUAGGUUGCCUACCCCUGUUAUAGAGGGUUAUAGCAUCAUUUUGACCCAUUCAAUAUGCUUCCCUUUAAUUACAUGUACAGGCUCUGCCAUAGCUUUCUAAGAGAGCAUUUGCAGGAUAUUAGCAUCGUACGUUGUCCUGAAUAUUGUUGCCAUGACUAUCUUCAUUCAUGUAAAACUUAAAUGAACCUACUUGCUGGGUUAAAGGAAUCUGCCUGAUGGCUUCUAUGAAAGAACAACUGUCAUCACAUUUUCACUUCUCGUUUUUUCAAAGUUUAUUAUAUUUAAUGGAACAUAAUGAUAUAUAUGUACCGUAUAUUUUUAAAAUUCUUUUUAAAAUGUAAUUUUUUUUAUUUUUUUUGCUUUGACAGUCAGCAUGAAAUGUAACAACAAUGAUAAGACAUAAACAGAACAUUAAUUUCUUUGUGUCUCAACAUUACAUCGAAGUAUAUAAAAUUAUGUAUAUCUCACAUUUUGUUUGGCUGAGCAGCCAUAUUAGAUCAGACUCUACUGUUAUCUGUUCAACUGCUGAUCAACCUGUUGUCAGGUAACAGUAGAGUCUGACCCCAUAUUUUCUUUUCUGCAAAUAAGGGACACAAAGUGUGUUUUUUUUGGUUUUUAUUAUAUUUUUGAAGUUUUUUCAAUGCUUUACAGUACCAUGAUAAUCCAAUAAAAUGGGUUUGUCUCCAGGCUUGUCAUAAUACUGUAUGUGAGAAUGAACCACAGAGAAUGAUAAGAAAUCUUUUCUAAAACAGGGACAUAUGGAAGGAGAAGUCUGGGGUCUUGCUACACACCCUCUGCUGCCUUUAUGUGCUACAGUGAGUGACGAUAAAACGCUCCGGAUCUGGGAUCUCUCUUCCCAUCACCGCAUGUUGGCUGUACGCAAACUCAGAAAGGGUGAGUCUCUGGUGAGUGAGUACAAUUCAUGAGCACGUGAAAUUGGUCUAAGCUGUAAAUGAAAGACAAGGUACCAUGUAGACGGAGAACAUGGUCUCCCUGAAUAUGUCGUACGUGGAGGACGUCACUAAUGCAGAUUUGCUCAAGUUAUCAUGUUAUCAUGUUUGCUCAAGUUAUCAAACUCAUAUUGGGACCCACCAAUAUUUAAUUAUAACACCCAACGUGUGAUAUCCAUUGCAAACGUUUGUCCUUAUUCUGAAUACUAUUGUGGAUCUGUUUUUCCCAUUUAAUGUUUUUCUAAACAAGAAUAUGGAAUUUUGGGUAUAAACUUGGCUUAUGGCUCCUGCUUGAUAAGUCAACUGGUUUGAUGUUUUCCAGGUGGACGAUGCUGUGCCUUUUCUCCCGAUGGGAAAGCCUUAGCAGUAGGCCUGAAUGAUGGUAGCUUUUUAGUGGUAAAUGCUGACACUCUUGAGGAUAUGGUGUCUUUUCAUCACCGCAAAGAAAUGAUCGCGGAUAUAAAAUUUUCACCAGGUACUUUAUAUAUCUGCAUGGCAUCACAUUUCUCUUCUAACAUGAGCCCACAGACUUACAUCAUCUUCUAAAAGCUAUGUUCAUGUUUAUUUAAACGUUAACACCAUCAAACUAGAUAUUUAUAGGCACUUGGCUUUUGUAAGACGUAUAGCAGCAGCUCACAUGUUUCAUUUUAGAUUGGCGAUGGUUUAGGGCAGUAGUACUUUAGUUUCGGGUUGAGGAGAUGGAUGUGUCUAUCCCAAUGCGUCAGAUGAACUAGUGGGCAAUUUUCAAGCCGUUCCAAGUAGGGAGAAGCCAUCAAACCCUAGUAAAUUAAUUGGAAUAGAAACGUCAAUCACUGAUGUACUGGUGGCUCUUUAGGUAAGACAUUUUAGUUCUUCUUGCAGUAGGACUAUAUGAAAGACUGCAACAUAUAAAUCAACAGGAGAAAAACACUAAUGUGGCCCACUAGGUGUUGUUGGACUACAUCACCCAGAAUUCUCUUACAGACCGUGGCUACCAGAGAACUCUGGGUGAUAUAGUUCACACACCUGAUGUAGACACCACUACUCAGAUUUCAUCAGUCAGCAAUGAUUAUCAUUUUAUUGAUCAAUAUAACAACAGACUCCAUCGUUAUAAUGAAGUAAAAAUACAUGUGUUUUGUUUUUUUCUUUAAUUCUUUGUAAACUCAUUUAAAUAAAAAUCGAUAGAGUACGUAUAAGAAGAAUUGGAAAGGAGGGAACGGUUGUUUUAUUUUUCUAAAAUAAGCCCAAUAAUGUUUUUAAUUUUUUUUUGCAGAUGCUGGAAAAUACAUGGCGGUGGCUUCCCAUGAUAACUUUGUAGACAUUUAUAAUGUGUUAAGCAGCAAGCGUGUUGGGAUUUGUAAAGGGGCAUCAAGUUACAUCACCCACAUUGACUGGGACUCUAGAGGUGAGAUGCUGAUGUAGUUCACUAUAAAUAAUGCACUAAUUAGCAGUAUGUUUUCUUUUCAAAUUAUUUUUAUUGGACAAUUUUAAAACAUGUUACAAAACUAUUAAAAUAGCGGCAUAAGGUUAAAUGAUCAAAUGUUUACAUAAAUAAAAUGAAAAGCAGAGUACAUAUUUUCUGGAUAAUCAUGGAUGAACUUUACAGAUGUGUUUGGAAUAUUCUAUCAUGGUAUUCUGAUGACCCAGCUAGUUAUUAUACACAAUCGCCUUGUCAUAUAAGACAUAUCUGUGUGUGUGCAAUUGUCUCAUAUUUAUCUUCACCAAACAUUUAUGUGAGCCCUGAAAAUACAAAUUUGCGUUAAGAUUGGCCCAUAUUCCUAAAUGUUUUCGUUUUGCUGUCAGUUUAUCAUAGAAUAGAGGGCAGUUAUCAGAAUUGGGCAUGUGACACAGAGAAUAAAAAAAAUAAUUUGCUCAUGAUAUGUAACACAACGAAGGGAUGAUACGUUAGAGGUGAUGAGAAGAAGUGAUACAAAGAACAGAAAAGCUUGAGCUUAUUAGCAAAACAAAACAAUGGAUUGUUAUUUUCUUCCUUAAAGGGAAACUGCUGCAAGUUAAUUCCGGUGCCAGAGAACAGUUAUUUUUUGAAGCUCCUAGAGGGAAAAGAUACGUUAUUAAACCAACAGAGGUAUGGCUUCUCUUUCAUUGUUACACAGUAUAUAUAAAUAUAGCUCUACACACAGCUCGUCAGAUGAGUGACCUCAGAAGUUGGUCAGAUUUGUCUGCUUAGAAAGCCUGAGAUAACACAUUCUGCAUGAAUCCUAUACAGAACAACUAUGACCUAUGCACCCAGCAACAUUUAUUUAAUACUUUGUGAUACUGUAUAUAUUUAUUGUAAAAUAAAAUGACACAGAUGUGUGCUUGCGUUUUAUUUAAAUUGAUACUAAAGUGCAGGUAGCGUACUUUUAAAUAGUCUGUCUAGGACACUGAUGCUGUCUUGAUGUGAAACGAGUAGGAAUUGACAUGGGAACAAUACAUUGUAAUAUAGUAGACUAAAAUAUGUUAAUAUACACUGAUCAGUGGCAACAUUAAAACCAAUGACAGGUGAAGUAAAUAACAUUGAUUAUAUUGUUACAAUGACACCUGUCAAGAGGUGGGAUAUAUUAGACAGCACGUGAGCAGUCAGUUCUUGAAUUUCCUGUGUUGGAAUCAGAAAAUGGACAAGCGAAAAGAUGUGACUUGAGUGACUUUGACAAAAGCCAAAUAGUGAUGGCUAGACAACUGGGUCAGAGCAUCUACAAACGGCAAGUCUUGUGGGCUGUUCCUGGUAUGCAGUGGUUAGUACCUAACAAAAGUGGUACAAGGAAGAGCAACUGGUGAACUGGAGUCAGGGUCAUGGGCACCAAAGGUUUAUUGAUGCACGUGGGGAGUGAAGGCUAGCCUGUCUGGUUACAUAUUUCUUUUGACACAACUUUGACCUUUAGUACCAAGCACAUGUCAUUGUUUAUGUCUCUCUUAAUCAUUGUCCAAUGUCCACAGAUGGAGAGGAUAGAGUGGCACUCAUGGACCUGUGUUCUUGGCCCUACUUGCGAAGGAAUCUGGCCUGCACAUAGCGAUGUGACUGAUGUCAACGCUGCCUCUCUUACUAAAGACAGGAGAGCUCUGGCUACUGGAGAUGAUUUUGGAUUUGUAAAACUGUUUUCCUAUCCAGUAAAGGUAACAUAAAAUAAUCAGCUAUUGGAUGCUCAGUGUGAGUCCAUGUUAGUGUUACUAAAGAACAGUUUUUUAGAAAUAAUGUUUUUUUGCCUUAAUGUCUAUUUAAGUUCUGUUUUCUAAAAGGGAAAAUUAAAUAUUGAACUUUCUAGGAUUUGUGAUACCUGUGACAUUUUCUUUUGAUCACAUAUUUGAUCAGACUUUGCAGAUUAUGUUUUCUUAGUUGAGAAUAUGUUUUUAAUGCAGGGCCGUGAUGCGAAAUUCAAGAAGUAUGUUGGUCACAGUGCGCAUGUGACCAAUGUUCGAUGGUUGUAUGAUGACUCCACUCUCCUCACCGUUGGUGGGGCAGACACGGCUUUGAUGACCUGGACACGAGAGGCUUUCGGCAGUUUGGACAGUAAACCUGUAGACAGUGAAGAGUCAGACACAGAUGCUGAAGAAGACGGAGGUAAGCAGACAUUUCCACCACCAUUUCCUUACUCCUCACCAUUUUACUCUGCCUUUUUUUACACCUCACAUGCACUCACUCUCCAGUUCCUGCCAUGUUCAUCUCAAAGAUAUAGCUCACAUUUUUCCAGUGCAAUAGACAACUUCACUAACUUAUUUCCCAUCUUGUUAACUGCAAAUCAUUGUUCACUGGUCUCAUAUAUGCUUUUAUCAACCUGUGAAAAUCCAUAUCGAAUGCUGCAUGCAGUCUAGUCAUCCCUACCUACCUCUUUCCUCUCAUCUCCUUAUCAGUUACACUGACUUAUUGUAUCCUCUAAAAUGACAUAGAAAAUCCUGGUUCUCACGUACAAAGCUCACAACAAGUGUGCCACAAACUACACACUCAGCAUGAUUAGCAAGGGAGGCUUUUUUGUAGAUACAGCACGGAUGAAUUAAUACUAGUUCUAGUGGGAAUCCUUUACACAGCAUGGCAUUGAUUAAUUCAGAUCCUGACUCCAUACAUUCAUGCCUUGAGAUUAAUUUACUUUAAACAGUGGGUAAAUAUGAAGGCAAUGUUGACUGUAGCUAUUUGCAUAUUGCCCGUGGCAUUCUGGGAGAGUCAGACUUUGCCAGAGCUGUCAUCUGUGUCUGGGAGAUGGAUGGAAUGGUGGAUACACGUUGGAGGGAAAUGUAGUAUAAUUCAAUACAAAAUAUGCUUUCUUUCACAGCUGUUUGUGAGUAGCCAAUGAUAUAUUAAUGUAUUUUACCUUUAGGUUAUGACAGUGAUGUUGCAAGAGAAAAGGCUAUUGAUUACACCACUAAAAUCUACGCGGUGAGCAUCAGAGAAAUGGAAGGAACCAAGCCUCAUCAGCAGCUGAAAGAAGCAUCUGUGGAGGAAAGGUACGUCAUGCAAACAGUUCUCCUCAUUCUUUGUGGAGAGUUAGACACAAUAUGUGUAAGUUUUGUAUAACAGCAGGUUUGUGACAUGUCAGUACAGAGAACAGAGUUCGUCAUGUCUUUUAUCUAGUGUUCCUCUCAGACAUCUUAAUGUUUUAGUUUGUCAGUUAUAAUGUAACAUAUCCUCUAGCUGUGUCUAUUAAUCUAUCUAUUACAUGUUAUUCCAGAAUUAAUAUCUACUGUAUGUGCCUUAAUUUUAAAUGUAUCCAUUUUUAAAGUUGCUUUAAUAAUAAUCGAACGACCCAGUAGGUGCCAAGAAAGCCAUUUCGCAAUUUGUGAGCUGAAAAAAAACACAUUCCCGGAAGGCAAACAUUAUUAUAGAUAUCAUCAACGUACCUUCCUCUGCAUUUACAUUUAUAAUAUUUACAUGCACUUACUAUAUCCCUUAACGCAGCUGAGGGAUAGAGAUAUGUAAAUGAAUUAUGUGUGUGCUGUUUCUGAAUAGAAAUAUAUUCAACAAAGUUUCCCAGCACUAUUUAUAUUGCACACAUUUUACAUCUCAUGCAAACGUUCCAUUAUUGAAAAUAUAGAUGUUAAAUGCCCUUUAAUAACACCUUCCUGUUUAAUAAUUGGUUGUGAAAGUAAAAUGUUCUAAUUUUAAACUGAGCUGUUUGAACAAAAAGCUGAAGAAGAGAUGUACACUCCUUUCUUCUGUCUCUCUCUAUAUCUUGUCUUUUUCUCUCUUUUCCUGUCUUCUCCCCUCUCUUUUUCUGUCCUUUCUGUGGGCAUUAGGUUCAGAUACCAAUGUAACCUGCCAAAAUCAGGUGAUAAUUUUGCUGUUUGCCAGUAUUUUGACCCCUGCUCAUCUCUAAUCUCUAUGAUCAUGCAAUUUCUGAAAAGGUAAGUAUUGUGCAUGGAUUCACACGUUCGUGAAUCGUAUGCUUCCUUGCACGUGGCAUCAGGAACGAUGCAAAGCUUUGAAUUCUAGAAUGCAAUAUGACUGCCAGAUGUUGCAUUUCACCAAUACAUGCAUAACCACCAUUCGGAAGCUAACUGAUGGCUGCUUCUCUAUGCUGAUUUUGUCUGGGCUUUUUUUCCUAUAUGACCCUUUAACACACAUGUUCAUCUUAUAGAACAGGAAGUCACAAACUGACCCCCAGCUGCUCUGCAUUAUGAAUGCCAGGAUGCUUACUGUUUAGCCGUAGUGCACAGGUUUCCCUAUUCCUGGUUAAGGUCCAGUCAUGGAAUAUGUUUUGUGUCAUUCAAUAAAUAUGGAAACCUGUAUCACAAACCUUGCUUUUUAACCCACUCACUACAAUGAUGUGCAAAACAAAUGUUCGCUACAGUUUGUACUAUUGUUACAUAUUUCCCCAUUUACACUAAAUCCUUUUGUAUAGAUUAUAAUUCCCCCAAGUAAUUACUGAACCUUUUCACUCUGACAUUGAUACAAUCUCCAUAACAUAAAUUGGCCUUCAUGAGUCACUUUGUCUUCAUAUAUAGCUGCACUCCCUUCAUAUACACAGUAUUCACAUCCUAUAUACCUGUAUUCCCUUCAUAUAUACCUGUAUUCUCUUCAUAUAUAACAGUUUUCCCUUCAUAUAUACUUGUAUUCCCUUCCUAUAUAACUAUAUUCCAUAUAUAUAUAUAUAUAUAUAGCAGUAUUCCCUUCAUAUAUACCUGUAUUCCCUAUAUAUAGCUGUAUCCCCUUCAUAUUUACAGUAUUCCCUUCAUAUAUACAGUAUUCCCUUCACAUAUACCUGUAUUACCUAUAUAUAUAUAUAUAGCUGUAUUCCCUUCAUAUAUACCUGUAUUCCCUAUAUAUAGCUGUAUCCCCUUCAUAUUUACAGUAUUCCCUUCAUUUAUAACCAUAUUCCCUUCAUAUAUAACAGUAUUCCCUUCAUUUAUAACUGUAUUACCUAUAUAUACAGUAUUCCCUUCAUAUAUUCCCUUCAUAUAUAACUGUAUUCCCUUCAUAUAUUCCCUUCCUAUAUAACAGUAUUCCCUUCAUAUAUUUCCUUCAUAUAUACCUGUAUUCCCUUCAUAUAUACAGUAUUCCCUAUAUAUAUACAGUAUUCCCUUUGUAUAUAACUGUAUUACCUUUAUAUACAGUAUUCCCUUCAUAUAUAACUGUAUUCCCUUCAUAUAUACUGUAUUCCCUUCCUAUAUAACAGUAUUCCCUUCAUAUAUUUCCUUCCUAUAUAACUGUAUUCCCUUCAUAUAUACCUGUAUUCCCUUCAUAUAUACAGUAUUCCCUAUAUAUAUACAGUAUUCCCUUCAUAUAUAACUGUAUUCCCUUCCUAUAUUACUGUAUUCCCUUCAUAUAUACAGUAUUCCCUUCAUUUAUAACCAUAUUCCCUUCAUAUAUACAGUAUUCCCUAUAUAUAUAUAUAUAACAGUAUUCCCUUCAUUUAUAACUGUAUUCCCUUCAUAUAUAACUGUAUUCCCUUCCUAUAUAACUGUAUUCCCUUCCUAUAUAACAGUAUUCCCUUCAUAUAUUUCCUUCCUAUAUAACUGUAUUCCCUUCAUAUAUACCUGUAUUCCCUUCAUAUAUACAGUAUUCCCUAUAUAUAUACAGUAUUCCCUUUGUAUAUAACUGUAUUACCUAUAUAUACAGUAUUCCCUUCAUAUAUAACUGUAUUUCCUUCCUAUAUAACUGUAUUCCCUUCAUAUAUACCGUAUUCCCUUCAUAUUUACAGUAUUCCCUUCAUAUAUAACUGUAUUCCCUUCACAUAUACCUGUAUUCCCUUUGUGUGUAUAUUUUUAUAUAUAUAUCGUAUUCCCUUCCUAUAUACCUGUGUUCCUUUUAUAUAUACAGUAUUCCCUUUAUAUAUAUACAUAUAGUAUUCCCUUCCUAUAUAUGUCCUUCAUGUAUACAGUAUUUCCUAGUAUGUAGUCACAUUGCCCCAUGGGUACUUCCUCACGUGUGGUCAUAUUCUUAGUGCAAUACCUUUUUUAUUCCUGAUCAGAUAGAGAUGAUAAAGACAUGCGUACAGUAAACAUUUAUCACAAUAAGUAAUUUCUCUACAGGUCUUGAGCUACAGACCCAGGUUCUCCAGUCAUGAGUAACAUUUGAAAUGAUACAUUAAGUAAAAGAGAGAACUGCCCUACAGAACCAAAAAGAAUACACAGAAAGGGGAGAGGUGCCCAGGGCAAACACAGGGACUCUCAUGCCGAUCCGACUCGUUAAGAUAUUAUAAUUCAUUUUUCCUACUACAUUGCCUGCAUUUUGUCCCCUGCCUCCACUGCCCACAUAGUGCAGCUACAUUGCCCCCUUGCCCACAUAUUAAUGCCACAUUGCCAAACAUUGUUAAUCUUACUUACAGCUCUGCUUCCUGAGUUCAUCUUCACUGCUACCCCUGCCAUGCACUGUGCCCAGGUUUACUUAAAUCACAGUAUGCAAAUGUAAAUCUCAAUAAACAAAAUUAUUUCUCACUAGAGAGAAUGUGUUGUAAGGGUGCCAGUCGUGUAUACACAGUGUUGGAGUAUGACUGUAUACCGUUAUAUUCAUGUAUACCUAGUGUUGGAGUAUGAAUGUAUACCGUUAUAUUUAUGUAUACAGAGUGUUGGAGUAUGACUGUAUACCGUUAUAUUCAUGUAUACCUAGUGUUGGAGUAUGAAUGUAUACCGUUAUAUUCAUGUAUACCUAGUGUUGGAGUAUGAAUGUAUACCGUUAUAUUUAUGUAUACAGAGUGUUGGAGUAUGACUGUAUACCGUUAUAUUCAUGUAUACCUAGUGUUGGAGUAUGAAUGUAUACCGUUAUAUUCAUGUAUACCUAGUGUUGGAGUAUGAAUGUAUACCGUUAUAUUUAUGUAUACACAGUGUUGGAGUAUGAAUGUAUACCGUUAUAUUUAUGUAUACAGAGUGUUGGAGUAUGACUGUAUACCGUUAUAUUCAUGUAUACCUAGUGUUGGAGUAUGAAUGUAUACCGUUAUAUUCAUGUAUACCUAGUGUUGGAGUAUGAAUGUAUACCGUUAUAUUUAUGUAUACACAGUGUUGGAGUAUGAAUGUAUACCAUUAUAUUUAUGUAUACACAGUGUUGGAGUAUGAAUGUAUACUGUUAUAUUUAUGUAUACACAGUGUUGGAGUGUGAAUGUAUAUCGUUAUAUUUAUGUAUACACAGUGUUGGAGUGUGAAUGUAUACCGUUAUAUUUAUGUAUACACAGUGUUGGAGUAUGAAUGUAUACCAUUAUAUUAUGUAUACACAGUGUUGGAGUAUGAAUGUAUACUGUUAUAUUUAUGUAUACACAGUGUUGGAGUGUGAAUGUAUAUCGUUAUAUUUAUGUAUACACAGUGUUGGAGUAUGAAUGUAUACCAUUAUAUUUAUGUAUACACAGUGUUGGAGUAUGAAUGUAUACCAUUAUAUUUAUGUAUACACAGUGUUGGAGUAUGAAUGUAUACCAUUAUAUUUAUGUAUACAGAGUGUUGGAGUAUGAAUGUAUACUGUUAUAUUUAUGUAUACACAGUGUUGGAGUAUGAAUGUAUACCAUUAUAUUUAUGUAUACACAGUGUUGGAGUAUGAAUGUAUACUGUUAUAUUUAUGUAUACACAGUGUUGGAGUGUGAAUGUAUAUCGUUAUAUUUAUGUAUACACAGUGUUGGAGUGUGAAUGUAUACCGUUAUAUUUAUGUAUACACAGUGUUGGAGUAUGAAUGUAUACCAUUAUAUUUAUGUAUACACAGUGUUGGAGUAUGAAUGUAUACUGUUAUAUUUAUGUAUACACAGUGUUGGAGUGUGAAUGUAUAUCGUUAUAUUUAUGUAUACACAGUGUUGGAGUAUGAAUGUAUACCAUUAUAUUUAUGUAUACACAGUGUUGGAGUAUGAAUGUAUACCAUUAUAUUUAUGUAUACACAGUGUUGGAGUAUGAAUGUAUACCAUUAUAUUUAUGUAUACAGAGUGUUGGAGUAUGAAUGUAUACCGUUAUAUUUAUGUAUACAGAGUGUUGGAGUAUGAAUGUAUACUGUUAUAUUUAUGUAUACACAGUGUUGGAGUGUGAAUGUAUACCGUUAUAUUUAUUUAUACACAGUGUUGGAGUAUGAAUGUAUACCAUUAUAUUUAUGUAUACACAGUGUUGGAGUGUGAAUGUAUACCGUUAUAUUUAUGUAUACAGAGUGUUGGAGUGUGAAUGUAUACCGUUAUAUUCAUGUAUACCUAGUGUUGGAGUAUGAAUGUAUACCGUUAUAUUUAUGUAUACAGAGUGUUGGAGUAUGACUGUAUACCGUUAUAUUCAUGUAUACCUAGUGUUGGAGUAUGAAUGUAUACUGUUAUAUUUAUGUAUAAACAGUGUUGGAAUAUGAAUGUAUACCGUUAUAUUUAUGUAUACACAGUGUUGGAGUAUGACUGUAUACCGUUAUAUUCAUGUAUACCUAGUGUUGGAGUAUGAAUGUAUACCGUUAUAUUCAUGUAUACCUAGUGUUGGAGUAUGAAUGUAUACCGUUAUAUUCAUGUAUACCUAGUGUUGGAGUAUGAAUGUAUACCGUUAUAUUUAUGUAUACACAGUGUUGGAGUAUGAAUGUAUACCAUUAUAUUUAUGUAUACACAGUGUUGGAGUAUGAAUGUAUACUGUUAUAUUUAUGUAUACACAGUGUUGGAGUAUGAAUGUAUACUGUUAUAUUUAUGUAUACACAGUGUUGGAGUGUGAAUGUAUACCGUUAUAUUUAUGUAUACACAGUGUUGGAGUAUGAAUGUAUACCAUUAUAUUUUGUAUACACAUUUGGAGUAUGAAUGUCCAUUAUAUUUGUACUAUACAGGUGUUGGAGUAUGAAUGUAUACGUUAUAUUCAUGUAUACCUAGUGUUUAGAUAUGAAUGUAUACCGUUAUAUUUAUGUAUACACAGUGUUGGGUAUGAAUGUAUACCAUUAUAUUUAUGUAUACACAGUGUUGGAGUAUAUGUAUAUUUAUGUAUACCUGAAUGUAUACGCAUUUUAUGUAUGUAUACAGGUGUUAGUAUGAAUGUACGUUAUAUUCAUGUAUACCUAAUUUGGGUAUGAAUGUAUACUGUUAUAUUUAUGUAUAAACAGUGUUGGAAUAUGGAUGUAUACGUUAUAUUUAUGUAUACAGUGUGUUGAAUAUGACUGUAUACGUUAUAUUCAUGUAUACCUAGUGUUGGGUAUGAGAGUAUACCGUUAUAAUGUAUACCUGGUGUUGAUAUGAAUGUAUACGUUAUAUUCAUGUAUACCUAGUGUUGGAGUAUGAAUGUAUACCGUUAUAUUUAUGUAUACACAGUGUUGGAGUAUGAAUGUAUACCAUUAUAUUUAUGUAUACACAGUGUUGGAGUAUGAAUGUAUACUGUUAUAUUUAUGUAUACACAGUGUUGGAGUAUGAAUGUAUACUGUUAUAUUUAUGUAUACACAGUGUUGGAGUGUGAAUGUAUACCGUUAUAUUUAUGUAUACACAGUGUUGGAGUAUGAAUGUAUACCAUUAUAUUUAUGUAUACACAGUGUUGGAGUAUGAAUGUAUACCAUUAUAUUUAUGUAUACAGAGUGUUGGAGUAUGAAUGUAUACCGUUAUAUUCAUGUAUACCUAGUGUUGGAGUAUGAAUGUAUACCGUUAUAUUUAUGUAUACACAGUGUUGGAGUAUGAAUGUAUACCAUUAUAUUUAUGUAUACACAGUGUUGGAGUAUGAAUGUAUACUGUUAUAUUUAUGUAUACACAGUGUUGGAGUGUGAAUGUAUACUGUUAUAUUUAUGUAUACACAGUGUUGGAGUGUGAAUGUAUACCAUUAUAUUUAUGUAUACAGAGUGUUGGAGUAUGAAUGUAUACUGUUAUAUUUAUGUAUACAGAGUGUUGGAGUAUGAAUGUAUACUGUUAUAUUUAUGUAUACACAGUGUUGGAGUGUGAAUGUAUACCGUUAUAUUUAUUUAUACACAGUGUUGGAGUAUGAAUGUAUACCGUUAUAUUUAUGUAUACACAGUGUUGGAGUGUGAAUGUAUACCGUUAUAUUUAUGUAUACACAGUGUUGGAGUAUGAAUGUAUACCAUUAUAUUUAUGUAUACACAGUGUUGGAGUGUGAAUGUAUACCGUUAUAUUUAUGUAUACAGAGUGUUGGAGUGUGAAUGUAUACCGUUAUAUUCAUGUAUACCUAGUGUUGGAGUAUGAAUGUAUACCGUUAUAUUUAUGUAUACAGAGUGUUGGAGUAUGACUGUAUACCGUUAUAUUCAUGUAUACCUAGUGUUGGAGUAUGAAUGUAUACUGUUAUAUUUAUGUAUAAACAGUGUUGGAAUAUGAAUGUAUACCGUUAUAUUUAUGUAUACACAGUGUUGGAGUAUGACUGUAUACCGUUAUAUUCAUGUAUACCUAGUGUUGGAGUAUGAAUGUAUACCGUUAUAUUCAUGUAUACCUAGUGUUGGAGUAUGAAUGUAUACCGUUAUAUUCAUGUAUACCUAGUGUUGGAGUAUGAAUGUAUACCGUUAUAUUUAUGUAUACACAGUGUUGGAGUAUGAAUGUAUACCAUUAUAUUUAUGUAUACACAGUGUUGGAGUAUGAAUGUAUACUGUUAUAUUUAUGUAUACACAGUGUUGGAGUAUGAAUGUAUACUGUUAUAUUUAUGUAUACACAGUGUUGGAGUGUGAAUGUAUACCGUUAUAUUUAUUUAUACACAGUGUUGGAGUAUGAAUGUAUACCAUUAUAUUUAUGUAUACACAGUGUUGGAGUGUGAAUGUAUACCGUUAUAUUUAUGUAUACAGAGUGUUGGAGUGUGAAUGUAUACCGUUAUAUUCAUGUAUACCUAGUGUUGGAGUAUGAAUGUAUACCGUUAUAUUUAUGUAUACACAGUGUUGGAGUAUUGUAUACCGUUAUAUUAUGUAUACAGUGUUGGAGUAUGAAUGUAUACCAUUAUAUUUAUGUAUACACAGUGUUGGAGUAUGAAUGUAUAUGAAUGUAUACACAGUGUUGGAGUAUGAAUGUAUACGUUAUAUUUAUGUAUACACAGUGUUGGAGUGUGAAUGUAUACCGUUAUAUUUAUGUAUACAGUGUUGGAGUAUUGUAUACUGUAUGAAUGUAUACCGUUAUAUUUAUGUAUAUGAGUGUUGGAGUAUGACCGUUAUAUUACCAUGUAUACCUAGUGUUGGAGUAUGAAUGUAUACCGUUAUAUAUCAUGUAUACCACAGUGUUGGAGUAUGAAUGUAUACUGUUAUAUUUAUGUAUACACAGUGUUGGAGUAUGAAUGUAUACUGUUAUAUUUAUGUAUACACAGUGUUGGAGUGUGAAUGUAUACCGUUAUAUUUAUGUAUACACAGUGUUGGAGUAUGAAUGUAUACCAUUAUAUUUAUGUAUACACAGUGUUGGAGUAUGAAUGUAUACCAUUAUAUUUAUGUAUACAGAGUGUUGGAGUAUGAAUGUAUACCGUUAUAUUCAUGUAUACCUAGUGUUGGAGUAUGAAUGUAUACCGUUAUAUUUAUGUAUACACAGUGUUGGAGUAUGAAUGUAUACCAUUAUAUUUAUGUAUACACAGUGUUGGAGUAUGAAUGUAUACCAUUAUAUUUAUGUAUACACAGUGUUGGAGUAUGAAUGUAUACUGUUAUAUUUAUGUAUACACAGUGUUGGAGUGUGAAUGUAUACCAUUAUAUUUAUGUAUACAGAGUGUUGGAGUAUGAAUGUAUACUGUUAUAUUUAUGUAUACAGAGUGUUGGAGUAUGAAUGUAUACUGUUAUAUUUAUGUAUACACAGUGUUGGAGUGUGAAUGUAUACCGUUAUAUUUAUUUAUACACAGUGUUGGAGUAUGAAUGUAUACCAUUAUAUUUAUGUAUACACAGUGUUGGAGUAUGAAUGUAUACCGUUAUAUUUAUGUAUACACAGUGUUGGAGUAUGAAUGUAUACCGUUAUAUUUAUGUAUACACAGUGUUGGAGUAUGAAUGUAUACCGUUAUAUUUAUGUAUACACAGUGUUGGAAUAUGAAUGUAUACCGUUAUAUUUAUGUAUACACAGUGUUGGAGUAUGAAUGUAUACCGUUGUAUUCAUGUAUACCUAGUGUUGGAGUAUGAAUGUAUACCAUUAUAUUUAUGUAUACACAGUGUUGGAGUGUGAAUGUAUACCGUUAUAUUUAUGUAUACACAGUGUUGGAGUAUAAAUGUAUACCAUUAUAUUCAUGUAUACCUAGUGUUGGAGUAUGAAUGUAUACCGUUAUAUUUAUGUAUACACAGUGUUGGAGUAUGAAUGUAUACCGUUAUAUUUAUGUAUACACAGUGUUGGAGUAUGAAUGUAUACCGUUAUAUUUAUGUAUACACAGUGUUGGAGUGUGAAUGUAUACCGUUAUAUUUAUGUAUACACAGUGUUGGAGUAUGAAUGUAUACCGUUAUUCCCACAACAUUAAAGGACCACUAUAGUGCCAGGAAAACAUACUUGUUUUCCUGGCUCUAUAGGGUCCUUGGGCCCCCCCCCCCGACCCUCAGGGUCUCCCUCCCGCCGGGCUCUAGGGGGGAGGAAGGGGUUAAUCCCUAACCAUUUUUCCAGCGCCGGGCUCCCUCGGCGCUGGGGACUCGCCUCCUCCUUUCCCGUCAUCGGCUGAAUGCACACGCAUUCAGCCAGUCCAUAGGAAAGCAUUCUCAGUGCUUUCCUAUGGACGCUGGCGUCUUCUCACUGUGAAAAUCACAGUGAGAAGCGCGGAAGCGCCUCUAGCGGCUGUCAAUGAGACAGCCACUAAAGGCUGGAUUAACCCUAAAGUAAACAUAGCAGUUUCUCUGAAACUGCUAUGUUUACAGCAGAAAGGGUUAAUCCUAGAGGGACCUGGCACCCAGACCACUUCAUUGAGCUGAAGUGGUCUGGGUGCCUGUAGUGGUCCUUUAACCCCUAUAAGCUUCUGGAAUAAAAGGGAAUCAUGACGUCACACAUGUCAUGUAUCCUUAAGGGGUUAGGUUUCUUACUUUUUGGUGAACUAUGAAAAAUAAUAGUGUUUGGGAGAUGUUUGUUAGGUAUUCCAACCUGAUAGCUCUUUCUCGGUCUGUAUGAAUGAUAAUAGGUGUGCUAGUCAGUGAUACCUGUGUUUAUUUCUUGGAUCAAGCUGUUGAUCUUGGAGUCUGUCAGGGUUCCAAAUAGUUAGACAGUCAACAGCUAUCUGCAUUUCUUCACAACUGAGGCAGGCAGGCUGUCAUAAAGACUGUGUGAUAUUACUUUUUACCUCCAUGUAUCCUUCAAGGCGAUUGGGUGACAGUUGUGCUUUCAAUCAUCCCAGUAAAUUAGGUGUUUUUACAUCAUUUCCUGAAGGUGAAUAUCACGUAAAGUUAUCUCCGACACGUCCGAGUACUAGCACAGAGAGUAUGCUCAGAUGUUCCACUUGCAUGUGACUGCUUCAGCUUCCGAUCUAAGAGAACCCGCUCCCAAAGUGUAUUUAUAUAUCAUGCUCCCUUUACCACUGAGUUAUUAUCUCCUUAGCACCUAUUAUCCUGUGAUUUCAUGCUCCCAAAUCUGAAAUAUUCAUUUUUGGUAACAUCUUUAUGUUCUGUUUAUUGUAGGACUUAAUUUGUUAGUUUCAGAAUAGUAUUAUUUUUAACAAGUGAUGAAUCAAUGUUCUAGACAUUGCAAUUAGACAAAUACAGUAAAGAGGUUAGCUUGUUUUUUUUAUUGUGAAGGAUGUCAUUUUCAGAAAAAUGUAUAGGAUUGCUCAUUACUUCCCUCUUACCUUUAGUUUGAGCAAGUUCCAAUAUUAAUAUUGUGAGACGUGACUUGACAUCCCUUCUUUGUAUAGCUAUAUCUGAAUUACAAGUCAGCAGACACAAACAUGCAGCAACGUAGGUGACAAGUUAAAACAAGACACAAUUCUCUGUCAAUUCAGUGCCUUUCUGAGUGCACCAAAUGUCUGAAUUACAAGUCAGCAGACACAAACAUGCAGCAACGUAGGUGACAAGUUAAAACAAGACACAAUUCUCUGUCAAUUCAGUGCCUUUCUGAGUGCACCAAAUGUUCCCGAGACUCAUGUAGAGUACGUGACAUGAUAUUGCACCCAGGAAAUAGAAAAUAUCUUAUUUUUUUUGGUAAAUUAAGUUUUUUGAGAGUUGUAUUGAUGUAAACAGUGAUAACCUACUGCAAAAAGGAUAAAUGACAUUUUCCGUUUAAAUGUGAACAUGUGGUGCACGUCAAAUUCUCGCUAAACAAAAUCAUUCUAGGUUUGUCUAGUAUUAUAUAACAGUAGUAAAAUUCAAUGCGAGAACCUGCUGUAAUACACUCAUCCAGAACAAGAGAGUUGAACUGGUAAGAAGGGUGUGUCAAAUACAGCACAAUGCGAGUUACGUCAGCCCCAUAAUAGUCCCGGAUCUCAUGGAGAUACUCUUCAUCAAUGCAAAUAAAUGACUUGAUGAGUAAAUUCCUCUACAUCUAUACAUCAUGUGUUUCCCUCCACAGGAAGUGAUGUCACAGUUCAUUAGCACUUCUAUACCUGUUGACCACAUACAAGUAUCUUUUGGCAUUGAGGGGGGUUUUGAUAAUACAGAAGCAUUCUGUUGAAACUGUGGGAUUACAGUGAGGCUGAUUGGAAAUAAUGCAAUGAAUAAUAUUUAAUUAAACGUGCAAAUAAAAUAAUGAUGCAUCUUGGGAGCCAAUAUUGUCAAUCACUGGUGUAGAAAUGAUGACACCUAUUUCCACAUGUUAUAUUCAUGUGGAUGAAUUAAAAACAAGAAAGUAAUCUUUGAAAUGAUUGGCUUUAAUAAAUAAAUAAGACAGAGCAUAAUAUGUGUUUUUUGAUGGUACUAGAUUUAAAGGUUGAUUCAAUACAUGAAAGAAGGUGAAUUCUAAAUGCCAAGCAGAAGAUGGCUUACAAAGCUGUAAAAUGAAGACCCCUUAAAGUUGCAUGCCGUAAAUCCCUUCCUAAUAGUUUAAUAUAUAAUGUAGUUAAUAAAUGUUUCAUUCCUUAAUGUCUUUUUAUUUUAGCCUUACAUUUGUGUUCAUGAAUUAUUCAGCCGAGAUGAAUCAACCAUCUCCUGUUUGGCCUACUUGUUUAUAAAUGGAUAGUUGUGUCUUUCAGACUAGAAGGAAACGGUUAAUAUUUGUGUUGUGUUUUAAUUUGCUUUCCUUUGGAGGCAGGGAAUUGUCAAGUAAGUACUGAACAGUAACAUUUUAUAUAACACCUAGCAUUACAUAAUUACAUGGACACAUGCUGACAUUACUGUAUCAGGUUCCAUAUGUGUAAAUAUAUAACCAAUAAAAAUAUAUUUUAAUGGUGACAUGCUUCCCUUUACUGCACAUGCUAUAAUAUAAUAAUAAUAUAUUAUUUGGUUUGACCUUUUUACUAGUUCCUAGAUUCAUCCCGAGGUCUAUAUGUUAUUACUUAGCCCAACAUAAUGGUACGCAUUUUAUUGACCUUGGAAAGAAUAAAAGGCCUAGUAGAUACUGUGACACUGAUCUACUGCAGUUAGAGCACUAUCCACUAAGCUGUCUCAUUGGCAUAUAAUGUAAAGUAUGAUGUCCUAACAACCUGCACACCUAAUUCUUCAUUUGAUCCAUCUCUGGGUGCUUGCGUUAAUGUAUGCUAAGCCACCCCAUAUAUCCAUACAUUAAAUUAUAGCGCUAACUCCCAAACAGUAGACUGUUGCCCAGUUUUCAGUUCUGUUAAUUCUGUUAGCGUAGGGUAAUAUAGAAAGAGUUAAAGAGUCGCUAGGUUCCAGCCAUGCCAUGUAGCUGUUCCAAAGUGGAAUUCUUUGUCAUCAUCUAGUGAUGUCACCUAGUCAGUGGUUGGACCUUCCCACUAUCCUUCUGUUGCAAAGUAUUAUGUAUAUAUUUCUGGUACGUGGAUAUUGUUUGAACCCAAGUGCAUAUCAUCACUGAUUUUCUUUAAAAUUGAGGCAUUCUUAUGUUAUUGGAAUAACCCGACAUAUUUCAUUAACUCCACAUAUACGAGGGUUUAACCAUCACUUAUAAGUAUAGGUUAAUGUAGAAUAAGGGUUCCAUGACUGAUGUAUCCAUCUGCAUUGACUUGUAUAUCAGGCUAUUAAGUGGACAGUACUAAAACCCAGUCAUAGUAUGACCCAGGAUAAUUACCAUAACAGCUUCAGCUCAUUUUAGAGGUUAUGGUGCUCUGAGUCUAUGAGCACUGCUACCAUUUUUCUGUCAAAUGGUGCUCUCCUCGGCCCCCUGAAUAAUUGUAAAUUAUGUUAGCUUUAGUUUACAUAUAAUCUGAAUUUUAGGCAAAUACUUUGCUUAACUUCAUUUACUGAAUUCCUAUAGCAGCAAAUAUUUUCAUUAGUAACAAGGAACCAAUAGAAAAACAGGAAGGUCUAUAUAUGGGCAUUCAUAUUGAAACUCCUCCUCUUUCUUUUUGAGGAAAAAGAACGGACAGUUCCUUAACAGAUAGAACUGGAAAACACCAGAACUAGAACUGAAACCAAAGGGCGUAAAUCACUUCCAUAGAUAAUUGCAGAGAAUGAAGAGAUUAUACUGAAAAAGAAGAGAAUCUGUAGGAAGCAAUGAAUAAGUGAUUAUAUUGGAUGAAAAAACUGUCAAUGUAACCAACAACUCUGAAUGGGAGUCUGAGACGAGUCAUGAAAUAUACCAUAAUCAUAACAAAUAAAUAACCAUGGCACGCAAACAAACCAAACAUGAGAACACCAACAUAAAUAGAGAACUACCUACCUCAACCUGAGGAAAGGGAAAGGGGAGUGAAAAAAUAUGUGCCUCCUGUUAUUACUAAAAUUACGAUUAUAGGAACACUAAAGCUAGCAUAAUCUACAAUUUAACCACAUGACAGGAGGUUUCAUAUUUUGUGAGAAGGAUGGAAAUAAAAGGUUCAAAAAGUGUCCUCUCAUGACUCAUCCACCGAUCAAAGAAUGCCAGGGAGGGAUGCACCUGAGGAAAAAGCCGACAAAACUGCUGCCCUCCGAACAGAUUGGGCCCCAAAGGAAGGAUCCAUGCCAACCAAAGCCAACAAAUCCAUAAAAGUCACCGAAACCAAUGUCCAAAUUUGGUUUCCGAAUCCGGUUUGUAGGGUUUAACGUGUGACACAAGACGUAGGCCAGAACCUUUUAAACUGAGAAACAGUCUGCUGUGAUAGUGAAUUGGUAAAGACUGGUAAGCGUCCUUUAGAUCCAGUCUUGUAGCCCAGUCACCUGGACAAAGAAAGUCCCUUGAAAUGUUGAUAUACGACAAAAGCAUUCAGUUGACAGAGGUUGAUGACUGGCCUGAAAUCCCCUAUUUUCUUCUUCACCAAGAAGAUAUUGCUGAAGAAGCCACCAGUGACUGGUGCCCGUUGUAUUGCUCCCUUGGUAUAUAGGCUUUUGAUCUCCAUGCAGCUUGUGAGGACAUUAAAGAAGGACUUGUCUUCUGAAAUAGUUGAAGCUUGCUCUUGUGGACACCUCUGGGAAGAAAAUGUGAUGGCCAGAAAUGGCUUGUGGCAUGGCCUCUCUGCCGACUUGCCCUCCCAAAAACACCUCUCAGUGGUGGUGAUUUAAAAACUCUCCUUAACCAGGUUUGUGCCUUGUUUAGUGAUGUAAAUAGUGACUGACAUGUUUAUUUAGUGCCUUAAUGAAGGGUCGCGGAAUGCAAAUUGGCUUGCAGGCCCAAUUCCUUGCGUCUGUGCGCAGUAGUGCAGCCUUGCUUCCCUCAGAAGAGAGCAAUGUUAGCAUUACCCAGUAGACAAAAACAUCUUAUUGCUUAUUCUCUGAUUGUAUGUGCAUCAAGUGAUAGUCCAUGGAAAAGGCGUCAUCCGCCAGUUUUAGAAGCUCCAAGUGUCUAGGAGCUUGUCUUGCACGAGUUUCAAACCUCUUUCCAAGCCCUUGUGAGGAACAUUAUUAUGGUGAUAUCAAACUCUUUAUCCGCCAGUGCUGUUCGUGGACAUUGCUCCCUGAAGCGGUUCUUUACCUUCCUAUCUAACGGCUUAUGAAGCCAGAAGUGCAUAAAUUAAACAAAAUGAGUUGGUGGUACCCAUUCAGCUGAACAUGGGUGUCUCAUUUUUCUUAGGUCAAAUAGCGUAUUUCCAAGUGUAUCCACAAAAACACCCUCUUCUCUUGGUGGAGGUAUGGGAGGAAUCUUUAGCCUCUGAAUGGGGCUCUCCCAUGAACUAUUCCUUAAUGAUCUUAAAGAAGUGGUUCUGGUGUCUAUAGCCUGUCCCUGCAGGCUUUUCAGUGUUCAGAGAAAAGGUAGUGUUUACAUUGGUGCCUACUAACACCUCUAGUGGCAUUCACUCAUAUGGCCACUAGAGGUGCUUCAUAGCUCAGUGCUACACAGUAUGUGGCACUGGCAGUCAAUGUGAGAUGCUGAACGUUCCCCAUAGAGAUGCAUUGCUUCAAUGCAUCUCUACAAGGAGAUGCUGGUCGGCGCAGUGCUGUGUUUUGCCGCACAUGCACAAUAGCCUUCCAAUUAUUUCCUAUAAGAAAGCAUUGGAUUGGCUGAGAUCAUCAAGAUUGAUGUGGAGUUUCCAUAUGCAUGCCUAUAUAUAUAGAGCUUCCUAUUUUUCUAUUGGUUCCUUGUUUCUAAGUUAAAUGUUUGCUGCUAUAGGUGUUCGGUAAAGGAAAUUAAACAAAAUAUGAAGCCUCCUGUCAAUACAAUUCAAUUCCACAUUAUCCUUCUAAAGCCAUCCCUUUGUAGAGCAGUGAACACUGGACUGACCAAAACUGAACCUAUCAGUUCCAUCCAAGGUUGGACUUAUAAUGCAGACGUGAAUCAUAAGCAUUCUUCAAGGGUUGGGGUUAUGGGUGAUUGGAAGAGCAUAUUGUUUGCCUGCUCCAAAACAUUUUGAACAAAAAUAGGGAGAUGGCAUCUAGAGACGCAUAGCAUGAAGACCAUGAAGACUACAAUGUACAAUAAUUGGGCAAAGGGCCACUCCAGUUCAUUCCAUUGCCAAAACCUUGUCCUAAUACAUACCAGAGAUACAGAAUUAGCUUAUGUCCUGUACUGUAAUUACUGCACAUAUAAGCACAUUGAGCAUUGUAAAAAUAACUUUGAUUAGCAAACUGGGAAGGAAUGUGAGAUUUUCUUUGGUUCCCACACAGAUGCGUGUAUGGUGCACAUUUUAACCCAUGUUAUAGGAAGUUAGCAGCUCAGUGCUUCCAAUUUCUGUUUCUCCUUUAGGAAUUUAGAACACUGAAAAAAGUAUUAUGUUUUAACUUCAGACAUUCAGUUUUAUAUAUUAUUUAUAUAAUUCUUAUUAUUAGUCACUUAGUCUAGUUUUUAUUUAACUCUUUGCUAAUUGUAUGACUAGAAGAAAUUAUAGGAGAAUUUGGCUAUAAAUUGUUAAAACUCUUUAUGUGUCAGGGUAAGGCAAAAAGCAUUUUGGGAAAUAAUAAAACAUUUGUCAACCACCAAACUGGCUAAGAGCUUGACCAAUGUUUAAUUAACAUUAAUGCUGUGUCACUAGCUGGAGAACAAAGGGGGUGCAGGAAAUCCCACCUCUGUUUUAUCCGUUCUUACGUAUAAAGAGAUAAAUUGGGGAAAAGCCUCGUAGCCACUCAGGACCCAAACACUCUAGGUUUAAUGCAGUUUCUGAUUCUUUCUUUCUUUCUGUGAAACUGCUUGUGUUCAGUAAAACAACCAGAGGAAAAUUGGCUGUCGGUGAUGUGGUAGAAUGAAUACACUCUGCACUCUGUUAGUGGUGAAAUGUAUUCAUCACCGCCACAACAGGUGUUUUGACACUGGCGUUACAAAGACACUAGCAGUGCCGAAACAUUGUCUGGUCCACCUGUUGUGGUUUGGAAGAAUACAUUUCACCACUGGCAAGCUGAGUGCACUGUAUAUGAUUUCUCUUACAUUUAAUAAGUGUUGAGGGCUGGAGCCCUAACUACAGCACCGCAAAAUAGUGAGUGCCUUUCCACAAAUCAUGUUUCUACCUGUAAGUGAUGACAAUUCUACAAGUCAGUCCUUAAAUACUACCAGCCUAGGAUUGUUUGUAUUCUAUAGAGAAAUUGAAUUACCUCCCCAUGGUAUCCAAUGGGUAGAUUUGUAAAACAUGGAGCAUUGGUGUCCUUCAAGGCCAUUUGCAAACCAUCAUUCUAUUACACAACUGGAGUUCUAGCAAAGUCUAAAGACUAUGUAUCUAGGUCUCAUCCAAAAAUAUGUUUAUCAAAGAAAAGGUACCUGGUAGAGAACAAAUGCAUUGUGUUAUUUAUGUAUCUUGUGAUCUCAUUCACACAUGUUUUGUCUUAUAUUUGUAAGCCAAGAGACUCUUCAAAAAUUGAUCCAUAGAGGGUUUUUGUUCUAUUGACCAAAGAGUUCUUAAUAAGUAAUGGGUCCAGACAGUUUAUGUUCAGGUAUUAUUUUCCUUCGAUCCCAUUUCUCCCUAAAAUAGUGAUGGCGAACUUUUGUCAUACCAGUUGUUAUGGACUACUGCUCUUAUAAAUCUCAGCUAGCCAUCUAGCUCCAAACAGCUGGCGUGCCAAAGGUUAGCCAUACCUGCAUAUCUGGAGCAACAACGCACAUGUAUGGAAAACCGAAUACACGUUGGGACCUAUAUACAAAAAGGAAUUAUACCCCUGGCUGUUAUAGCGGAACUCAAUUAAGUUCUAAUUCUAGAUUCUAAAUAUAGGUAUAGUUGAGAUUUUGCCCGUAUAUAUCUGUAUAUAUAAAUACACCAGUAUUGAUUAGAUUAGAUGUAUAGAUUGUAUUGUUGAUAUGAACUAUUUUUACAAAAUCGUAGAUUUGUUAUUAAUUUGCAGCUGUACAAUGUUCGGUAGUUUUUCUUUCUCUUCCUGAAAAUCAUUUAGUAAUUCUGCUGCCGAAAAUCAAAUCAUCACAAUCUGUGCAUUUUAGUAAAUAAGUCCCAUUGUCUAUAGUGUUUUCCUUGCUCCACAGUUUGUUUUUUUCUUAUUUUGCUAACUGACUACCAUCAGCACUGUUAUGAUGUAGUAUGGGUCCGUUAACCUGCAGUCGAUGCUCUUAUCCCAGGAACUGCUGGCAUGCACUCAUUUGGUUUGUACAGCAAAUCAGAGAUCAUUAAGCCCUUUGCCUGUGCAUGAAAUGCAUGGUCAGAUUUUCUCAGCAAAAUUUUACUAAGUUUUUCACUUGGCUUUAUUGCUGCUUACAAGGGGAUCAAGGUAAUUUUAAAUAUUGUUGCAAGUGUUGUUACAUAGAUCUGUGACAUCAUCAAUCACAUAUUAAAUGCUCUUUUUUAGCUUGACGUUUACAAUAGCUGUACACUGAUUAAUUAUGAUGAGUUUUGCUAUGAAUACUGGGGAUAGCUGUAACUGGUGACUGGGGCUCCCUCUAAGCACUGUUUAUUGAGCAUCCUGGCACUGUGACCGUUAUGAAAGGGAUCAGUUGUUUUAAAGGGAACAAACAAUCUCUGCAAACUGAAGGCCUGUUCUAAAAAGGGUAUUUAGAGGGAGCCAGGAACACCAGAAAAUGCUGAUAUAUAUGGACCUCUCUAAUGUGCCCUUACCUUACCCAGCUUUUUGUUACCAUACCCAUUUGGAGGAAACCAUUCCUAUAUUCCUCUCUAAACCAAACACCCCUCCACUGAAACCUUUCUAAGUUCUACUUACCUUUCCACUGUAGUAUAUAUUAUAUUAGUCACCCCAUGAAAAGAGAUGCGAAUCUGGGGGUAAAUAAACCAGAAUAUCCACAGUUAUGGCAAAGGUUUUCUAAGAAACUAGAUUUGCAGCCAAAUAUGUAUUAAGAAGAUAGCUUGACGUAAAACUAAAAUAUUUUUGAAUACUGAACUAGAGGAUUUUUUGGCAUACCAUCCUGUGUGUUCUGUGAAAGGUUUAUGGUUGGUUUCAUGUAUGUUAUUUGCUAAGAGCAUUUAGGAUGAGAUAAUACAUUUCUCUAAAUAUCUUAUUCAUUGGAAGAAUAUUACAUUAGUAACAGGAAGAAUAUUCUUUCAAAGUAGUGAGAAAUGUUUUAUUUAUUUGGAAUAGAUAGAAAAUGUUCCAAAAAUCACCAGCAAUAAUUUGUAAAUGGGGUAAUAUUGUACAUUUAUAUUAUACAGGGUGAGUCAAAUCUAAAUAAAACUUAUAUAAACCUGUAAGAUGCCUAUUGUUAGAUUUAAAGGAUCACUAUAGUGUCAGGAAAACAAACUCGUUUUCCUGACACUAUACAACCCUUAGGUCCCCCCCCCACCACCCUCAGGGCCCCCCUCCCUUGGCCCUUCAGUUACUUACCUUAAUCCAGCACCGGGCUCCCUGGGCACUGGUGACCUGUCCUCCCGCUCCGACAUCGGCUCGCGAGUGGAGCGGAAUGCGAAUGCGCGGAAAGAGCCGCAUGCUCAUUCAAACAGUCCAUAGGAAAGCAUUUCUUAAUGCUUUCCUAUGGACGUUCUGCACGCUGAAUGGGAUUUUCGCAUCCAGUGUUGCAGGAGCGCCUCUAGCGGCUAUCAGGAAGACAGCCACUAGAGGCUGGCUUAACCCUGCAAUGUAAACGUAGCAGUUUUUCUGAAACUGCUAUGUUUACAUCUGAAGGGUUAAAACCUGGGUGACCUGGCACCCAGACCACUUCAUUGAACUGGAGUGAUCUGGGUGACUAUAGUAUCCCUUUAAUUUUAUCAAGAUUUAAUAGACGAACAGAUGUACCUAAAUUAUAUGUUAGCUUCCCUCUCCUCCAGGCAAGCAGACCCAGUGUGUAGUUUUCAAUUCAUUUGAUAGAUUAUUUCAUUUGAUUCUUUUGGUGAAAUAUGGUUUUACGUACACAGCAGUUGACCAUGUUACUGUUGAAGCAAUAAACUGAGGCUGUAUUGGUGAUAACAAAGUACUCCUUUGCAGAACUAAUUAGAAUAAGAUAAUAGAUUUUCUACUCCCGCAGAUAUACGCAAAGUCUAUGAAAACAGGUCUUAAAAUGCUCCGUGUUUUAACAAAAUAUUUCAGGACUAGUCUACAAUAUCAAUCAUCUGUCUGUUUAUCUAUGUCUACCUACUUAUCUCUCUACCUAUCUAUGUCUUUCUUUUUAUCUACGCCUCCCCAUCUUUCUGUGUCUAUCUCUGAAUAAUAAAUAGUUCAUAAUUCACAAAAACAGCUGUAUCCCAAUAUUGCAUAUAUCCUUAAGGUUUUGAAUAAAUCUUUAUUUACCCCUUUAGGCCGUCGGUUAGCAGAGCUGCUCCUCAACCGGAAAAGCUGCAGAAAAAUAACAUCACAAAGAAGAAGAAAGUGGUUGAGGUGAGUGACUCUUCUUUGGACAACAUCUUACACAGUUAAACAAUUUGCCUUAGUUUGGGGGACAGUCCAUUCAAAGGCAUUUGUGAAACUUACAUUUAAAAUAGAUCUGCAUUUCAACACAAAUCAUUUUUUUUAUUAAAGAUUUUACUUUUGUAUUAAUAAAAGUUAUGUUGUAAUUAUCUUUUUGUUAACUCAUUUUCCAAUACUCAGAAAACACUUGGACCAGUGCAGUGGAAUUAUCUAUAGGGUUACUAUUCUGUGAUCUCGGCAGUUUUGCUCCUGUUCUACACAUGAUGAUCAGACCUGUCCCCAUUCUCUUGCAGGACCUCUCAUUGGACCAUGUGUUUGGGUACCGAGGAUUUGAUUGCCGUGACAACCUACAUUACCUAAACGAUGGAACUGAUGUUGUUUUUCACACGGCUGCUGCGGGCAUUGUUCAAAACCUUUCUACAGGUACUUUUUUGCAAGUAUUCCUUCCUAGUUGUAAGAUGAUAAAUCAGCUUUAUUCUGAGAGUACCUUUGUACACCAAAUGGUAAUUAAUUGAAAUCCAAAUUGCAAAAUCUAGACUGUCCUGAUUUAAAAAAAAAAAUUUCCAACUUUGCAAUUUUAGCUUACAUUUUGCAAUUUAGUUUUUAAUUCACCACAAUUCUGUGUUAGCUGAAAACCCCCAGUGUCAGUCAAUUAACAUAUUACCAAAUCAGUUUGUUUGUAGUAUUAUAUAAAUCCUAAUUUAUAAGGCUUCUUAUUCUAAGUCCUUUUACGAUUUCCAUGCAUUGUGCAUGUUGGUUGCUCUAUAAAUUCUACAGUGUCACAAAUAUCAGUCGGUAUUUAUGUUUAUUAAUGUCCAUACUUUAUAUUUGCUGGUUGGUUUGUCGUGAUGGUGUAUAGAUUAUGUAUAUUUACCUACAUCCAUUACACAUAAUUCAUGGAGAUUUUUGUGCUCUAUUUAGGAAGUCAGAGUUUCUAUUUGGAGCACACGGAUGACAUCCUUUGCCUGACUGUGAAUCAGCAUCCAAAGUAUAAGAAUGUUGUUGCAACUGGGCAAAUUGGUAAGAUAAUCUGAAUAUCGUACAAUGCACAUAGCGCUCGCUGAGUAAGGUUUCUCAUUGAGUGCUUCUACAGUCACUUUCAGUGCUAUCUGAUUUACACAUGUAAAGCAGGGACUAUCUACAUGCACAGCACAGUAAGCCUACAAGACACAUCUCAUAUGACAGACUGUUUGGAUUUUAGUUUUUUGGUCGAUUCCAUUCAGUGUUAUUGAUUAACUGUUACAGGUGUUUUUGGGUUCAUUUUUUUACCGUCAGAUUUUUCUCUUAAGUAUCUGUUCGCUUACAGUGAAUUUUCAUUAAAUUCUGUCUGUCUCUGAUUUUUUUUUCAGAUAAAGUAAAUAAAAAAUCUUUAUAAUAUUUAUAUAGUGCCAACAAAAAGAAUAACUCGUUAUUUUAGAUUACUCCUACAUUUACACAAUUACUUUGAAAUUUAUAGAUAAAUAUUUAUAAAAAUAUAGAAAAAUUGGCAAUUUCUUCCAGUUCGGGACUACAUUAGAAAUGUCCCUUUCAGGAGGAGCCUACCUGUUUAGAAUGACCUUCUGUGGAUUACAAUUAGAAUGGCCCACCUGGAAUUACAUUUUAAAUGAGCCACCCAUGAUUACAUUUAGAAUGAUCUUCCUGGGAUUACAUUUAGAAUGAACCAUGUGAGAUUACGUUUAGAAUGACCCACCUGGGGCUACAUUUAGAAUGAAUCCAUCUGGGAUUGCUUUCAUAAUGAUCCACCUGGGUUUUCAUUUAGAAUGAACGACCUGGGAUUACAUUUAGAAUGAACCAUCUAGGAUUACAUUUAGAAUGAUCUUCCUGGGAUUACAUUUAGAAUGAACCAUCUGAGAUUACGUUUAGAAUGACCCACCUGGGGCUACAUUAAGAAUGAACCAUCUGGGAUUGCUUUCAUAAUGAUCCACCUGGGUUUCCAUUUAGAAUGAAUGACCUGGGAUUACGUUUAGAAUGAGCCACCUGGGAUUAUGUUUAGAAUGACCCACCGGGGAUUACGUUUAGAGUGACCCACCUGGGGCUACAUUUAGAAUGAACCAUCUGGGAUUGGGUUAGGUAUAUCUCAUUUAGAAUUACGUUGGGACUGCACAUUAUUACAAAGCUCCAUACAUAUUCCUAUUGUUUAAAACCUAGCUGGUUUUGACAUAAAACAUAACAUUUCAAGAAAUAUAUAAAACACAUUGGGCUUAAUGUUGCAGCAAAAUGAAUGGUCACAACUUAUCUGUACUUUUUUCUUACCGAUUACUUUAAGGAAGUGAGCGUAAUUGUGUAUUAUAUUAUUAUUCUAUUUAUAAAGAGCAAAUAUAUUUCCGACAGACAGUUCGCACACUGCUGUGGGAUAUAUUUAUUAGUUAUAUUUUCUUUAUGUAGAGUACCAGCGUUUUCUGCAGAGAUGUUACCAGGGUGCCCAUUAAAUAUGUACAUUGAUCCAGGGGUGUCUGAAUGGUCGAUCCAAAGAUCUUUACCACUGCAACUUCUGUUCUAAAAGCUGGCAAAGCAUCAUGGGAGUUGUACAUUCAACAACAUCUGCAGCUCUACAUUUGGGCACCCCUGCAUACAGUUAAUGCAAAAGGAAUCUGUGACUUUUCUUAAAAGGGAUUUAAGUCUGGUAUGAUGUAGGAAUCGUAGAUUAAGAUGGAAUUCCAAUACUUAAUGUUUGGAACAGAAAGGAAAGAGAUAAGCAGGUCUUUACCGCAGGGUAACGGUGAAAUCAGAUUGGAUAAAGGGCUGUAGCCAGGAAUGAGAGGAUUUAACGGUUGAUGAGGAGAGCUGUAUAUCGAACGAGGAAGGAAGGGGCCAGGAGCACAUUUUUGCUGAUGAGGUUCCAAGUGUAGCGAGUGCAUUGUUAUCAUCGUAAGUAUGGUGGGGUAUUAGCAUGAAAGUGGCCAUGGAGGCUAUAGAAACAUCAGUGUAGGCACCUGCAGAGGGGACGGAAGCUGGAUGUUUAUGGGUUGAGAUGGAUGAGACUGGGAGACACAGAAUGGAUAAUGCAUGUAGGAACAGUGAUUAUGGAGGAACUGCUGUAAUCAAUGCAGGUUAUCAGUGAGUGAAUUGGUGUUUAGACUAAGCCAAGAUUUAGUGAGUGAUUUAUUGUUUGGAUGGGGUAAAGGGGGGGACAGAAUCUAAUGUAAUCCAUAGACAAUGAUUUCAGGGUCUGGGAAUAAAUGUGAAGCUGCUAACAGUGAUAUAAACAGCGGCUGUCAGAAAGGAAGCAAAGCACCGUCCUGUGGACUGGUGAUACAAGUUACUGUACAGGUUAAAGGUUAAGACAGGAUUGUACUAUUAAUAUGGUGAUACAUCCUGAAAUAUUCUAUAUGCCUAGAAAUUACAGGUAGAUAGCACAGGCACUGACUGUAUGUCAGGACGGGAUCCAGUUAAGAAGACUAUAUCAUUGGGUGAUGGCUAACCUUGGCAUCCCAGUUGUUUGUGAACUACUUAUCCCAUGAUGCUUUGCCAGCCUACAAACUGCCAAGGUGAGCUAUCACUGCAUGAAAGUAUUGAUUAGCUAGCUAUCCCUGUAAGCAAAUUGUGCUAGGCAUGGUACAGACAUGGUGGCACUCAAACUGUAAACGUGCACACUCAAUAAAUACUGAGAAACGAUUAUUACGUGGGGUUUAAAGGAUCAUUAAUCAGUAUAAAUAGUUGAAGUUCCCUUGCUUUUUUGUAAUUUUACUAGUGAGCCAUCAUCACUUUCUCUAUUGGCAGCUUUAUUAAGCCCUGUGUCAUUAUAUACUAAUCAGCAGCUUUUCUUUUCUUUUAUUUUUUCUAAUCAUGUCCAUACUUUUUAUUUGUGUGCUUGGCCUCAGCAUUAGAAUUAUUACUUAUUUUAGUUGUUGUUUUGCCCUGAUACUUCCUCAUUUGCCAUUGCUCUCACACUGCAGGGGAAGUUGCAGAGUACUCAGGUAAGACUCACUCCGAACCUCCAUCUGUGUCACUAAAGGUCUCAUCCAGUCCACCCGUCACUGAGUGCAGAUACCCGUCAGCCAUGUCCCUGUCUGCAUCCAUACCCCAUGUUUAAUACAUCACCUAGACGUAGCACCAUAGCCUACGGUAUAUCCAUCUACAAGCUUCUAGUUCAGCUCUCCGUAUUAAAAUGUCAACAUGUAUUUAUUAGUAUGUAUUGUGUUUUAUCAAGAAUGUGUUAUGUGUCGCUGUUUGCGUAGUCACACACACGGAUUGCUUUGUUUCUCUUCUUAAUUAUGUUUGUGCGGUUUGUUCUAUUUAGGGGCCACACCUUCCAUUCACAUAUGGGACGCCAUGAGUAAACAGACCCUGUCUAUUCUGAGAUGCUUCCACGCCAAAGGGAUCGGUUACGUUAAUUUUAGCGCCACUGGGAAACUUCUCUUAUCGGUUGGAGUUGAUCCAGAACACACUAUAACAGUGUGGAGGUGGCAGGAAGGUAAUUAAUAACUAAGAAAUUGUAAAGAAUAAUAAAAUAAAUAUGAGAAUGAAUUGAAAGUAUUAGAUCUGCAAAGGAGGAUGUUUAAAAGGGAAAAUAAGGAAAUAAAAAUAUGAUUUAAAAUGAAAGGAACUGAAAAUACUGAAACAUAAAUGUAUCAGGGUGAUUCAUCUGUUUGGAAUUGAAAGAGAAUUUAACGUUUUAGGAUAAGGUAGAUGAAGAGCAAACAUUGUCCAAGUGAGCUUCGUUUUCUUUUCUGCUAUUUUGAUCUCAAACUUGAAUUCGCUUUGAAUUUCACACAAUUCUCACUUAAAAAAUGAGCGCUAAUCUGCAAUACGAUUGAAGAAGGUGUCCGUACCUGAGUCCCCGUUGGGCUCAAAUGCUCCCUAGUGGUCCAGUGAUGCGCUUCCAGCUUCUGUAGAGGCUGGGGCAGUCGCCUUUGAUUGGCUGAGAACAUGACUGACAUUUGUGCAAAAAUAGUUGGCUUAAUGACAGUUCAGUGUCGCUGCUUGAGGUGAAGUUACCCCUCCGGCAGUUAAGGUGUUAAUCUCGGUGUUUGCUGCGUUUCAAAAUGAAAAGCUGAACAUACAGAUUCCAGGAACCAUGACCACUUCAAAUCACAGAAGUGAUCGUAGUGCUUGGAGUAACCCUUUUAAGAGUACAAAGGUUCUGUCUUUAACAAGCGCGGCUGAAUGGUUAAAAAAAAGACUAGCAAAACUUUUUUAACAUUUCCUUCCUUUAAUUGAAGCAAAGAUUGAAAAUAAAAUGCUCUUAGUUUGGAAUAUAAAAGCAUGUAUAUUUUAAACUGCGUGUCAUUUGAAUGAGUGCUUGACAGCCUUCAUACUCCAAUAUCAAUUAUGGCGAGAACUUAUAGAACAUAAUGUAGUUACCAUAUAAUGCGCUUUAAGGUACUGAAAAGGGAACAUGCUACCAUAAUGCUCAGUGUGCCUGGUGUCAGUAUUCUGCAAACACACAGCACUAACAGAUACUUGGACCCGCGCCAAUAUAGAACAGGUCCAGGAUUUAAUAAUUAAAUCAGAUUUAGCCUCCUGUAAUAUUGCUGAUUUCCUUUACAUUUCUCAUAACAGGUGCCAAGCUUGCCAGUAAAGGAGGCCACGUGGAGAGGAUAUUCGUGGCAGAGUUCCGUCCAGAUUCAGACACGCAGUUUGUAUCUGUAGGAGUUAAGCACAUCAAGUUCUGGACAGUAGCCGGGAGCGCCUUACUUUAUAAAAAGGGAAUUGUUGGAUCUGUGGACAAUGCCAAAAUGCAAACCAUGCUUUCUAUUGCCUUUGGUGCUGUAAGUGCUGCAGAUACCCCUACAUAACAUCUUAUGAUGCGUAGCCAGUCUCUGCCAAAUUAACCAUCUCAUGAAGGUUACAUCAGUCCUGGCGAUUACGCUCGAAAAAGUCACAUUGUUACAUUUGUUGUAAGACAAAAUUGUGACAAAACUCUCACCUAAUUUAAGUAAAUUCUCUAUAUUGCGGUACAACAUCCACAUAUAAAAGUAUAUUUUAAAAAGGGAAGUUAUGUUAAUUUGCACAACAUUCUGGGAUUUUUGUCACAGCACAGUAUUUCUAUGUGUGUACACGAGACUUAAAAAAAAUAAAAAGCUAAAGUAUUCUGUAACUAUAACUCUGUUACAUAGUUUGUAGAAAAUAUAGAUAUAAAAUAAUGGAAGUAUAUGCAGGUAAAUAAAUGUGAGACAAUCCUUGCUCUGGGAUUGGGUACACUUUUUUUCAUCCCAUAAUAUGUAUAUAUAUAUAUUUACUAAUUGCAGAAUAGCCUCACUUUCACCGGUGCCAUAAACGGGGACGUAUAUGUCUGGAAAGAGCACUUUCUAAUCCGACUGGUGGCAAAAGCUCACACAGGCCCUGUGUUUACCAUGUACACAACUCUUCGCGAUGGUCUCAUCGUAACUGGAGGGAAAGAGAGACCGUAAGGAAACAUCACUUACUAUUCUUUUAUUGUAAAUUCUACUGUUGCAGUGUUAGUUAUAUGGUUCUUACCUUAAAUGUUUAAAUAAAAAAUUUUUUUUUUCUUUAAAAUCAUUUAUGCUGCCUCAGGGCUAUUACUCAAAGUACGAGCUUAUCUACUACAUAGACACAAAUUGUUCUCAAUGCUCUGCCGAUUUCCUACAAUCACUGUAAAUAGAAAUGGUUUCAUGUAACCAUUUAUAAGGAUGAAACCUUCUGCAUCCUUGAUCAGAUGUAGAGAGAACGGUUUAUAAGUAUGUUGAUCUCAUAUCACACGCAGGUCGAUUCCUAUAUGAUGAUUUUUAUAUUGCAGAACUAAAGAGGGUGGUGCAGUGAAAUUAUGGGACCAGGAGAUGAAACGGUGCAGAGCAUUUCAGCUUGAAACAGGCCAGACACUGGAUUGUGUGCGCUCGGUCUGCAGGGGGAAGGUAAGCCUCAAGGGAGGGGAUAUACAAAAAAGGUUAGAUAACAGGACAGUGUGCCAAAUUCUAGAAGUUGAACAAUCACGGUACAAACUGAAUGGGUCAAGAGGGACACAGAUAUGGUUUCCAAGAUUGUUCCUCAUUGUGUCGAAUUGUUCCCUGUUUUGGUGUAUAUAUAAAUAUAUAUAUAAACACAUAAGGUUGUAUUUAUUUUUUAUUAUUUUUUUUAUGUAAUUAUUUAUUUUAAUUGUGCAUAUGUGUUCAACAACAAAUAACACAAAAGUAUGAGAAUGCACUCAGCUUCAUUAAAUGCAUGUAGUAAAAUGCUGAAAUAUUGUAAUGAUGGGAUCAUUACAACAUCAUCGGUGGCUCAUUAGCAGCUGUUAAAUAUAUAGAAUAUGAGAUUGUAAUUUUCUUAGAUCUGCUGAUUAUUUUAAAUAAUGAUUUAUUCUUUAACAGGGCAAAGUUUUAGUGGGAACCAAAAAUGGUGAAAUUAUUGAGGUGGGAGAAAAAAACGCUGCUUCUAAUAUCAUUAUGAAUGGUCACUUAGAAGGUGAAAUCUGGGGAUUAGCAACUCAUCCCUCCAAAGACAUCUUCCUUACUGCAAGCAAUGAUGGGACAGCACGAAUAUGGGACCUCAAUGAUAAGGUGAAUUUGACACAUGGGACAUGUAUUAUAUUACGUGCCCUAAUCUCAGGGCAGUGUCAUGGUAUACAUGGCAUGGUCUGCCUGAGAUUUGUAUGAAGUAAACGUAGCCUUCUCCUGUUAGUUAAAUGUAUGUCAGGGGAGAAACUGAGGAUAUAAAAGCAGGAUAAAUCUCUUACCCCAGUUGCUCUCCCCCCAAAAAUGUUUUAAUAUAAUAUGUUUGAUACUGUUCCACACAAUAGGUUUAAAUUGGUCUAGAUGGAAAUUCUUGUUCUUGUGUAGAGCACAGAGAGUUGUCAUUAAUGAUACAUUUUCAGGCUGGACAAAAGUGGUAAGUGGUGUCCCUCAGUUCUGUUUAGCAUAUUUACAAAAUAAAUAUAAAAAUAGUCCUUGAAAAUCAUGUUUCAGUAUUUGCAGAUGACUCAAAACUCUGUAAAGUUAUACAAUGUGAGCAGGAAAUUGAUUUGCUGCAGAGGGAUUUAGAUAGACUCGGGGACUGGAGACUCAAAUGGCAGAUGAAAUGUAAUGAAGAACAAUGUAAAGUUCUGCACCUCUGGGUAAAGAAUCUACAAGCAACUUGUACCCUAACUGGUAAUGAAUUAAGGAUAAUCACACACGAGUAGGAUUUGGGAAUUGUUAUAGACAACAAAUUAGGCAGCAAUAUGCAAUGUCAAUCUGCAGUGGCUAAGACCAGUAAGGUUUUGUCAUGUAUAAAUAGGGGGCAUUAAUUAAGAAUAUAAUUUAGCAUCUUUAUAAAUCACUGGUAAGACCACACCUUAUAUAUGAAAUAAAAACAGGUGAGUAAGCGCUAAAUAACACAAGUGGGCAGCAACCCUAAAAAAGGGAAUCCCUCAAAAACCCUUUAGGAUAAAACACAAAAAAUACAGAAAAAGGGCUGCGCUUAAAUAAUAAAUAUGUAAAAGUCCAGAUGAAAUAAAUAAAUAAAUAAAUAAAUAAAGCAGAAGAGGUCUUAUCUUGCAAUGUCCGUAGUGCUUAGUCAGAGGUAAUACUCUUGCUUUCUGUCUUGCUUUCUGUCUUGCUUUCUGUCUUUCUUGUGGAUCGUCUCUUAUGUAAGAUAUAAAAACAAAUACAAAACCACAAUGGUGCAGUAUAUCUAUAUGAGUAAGGAAUAAAAUAUAAAGGCUUGAUUGCAAACUCACAUAUCCAAGAGCUAGAACCUGCUCUGGUAUAGAAGGCGUACAGCGGUUUAGAUCCCCGCUUAUGGGAUAUAGGAUGGUUAUCCUCCACGUGUUUCCUCCUUCCGUGGUUUAAAAGAUGCUCAAAUAAAAAGAGACAGCCAAUAGUGUUCUCUGCAUAAAAUUAAACUCCAAUAUAAAAUAAAAUAAAAAAUGGAUACUCACAAGACAGGAGCAGGUCAACUGCUCCUGGUAUUUCGCACUGGUGGAAUAAUCCCCACCUAGGAUUGCUUGGAGUCCAGCGAAUAAUGCCAGGUAAUAAUAAUAAUUUUAUGUGUAUUUAAAGAUAAGUAGUACAAUAAAAGAUUAUAAAAUAUACUUUAAUUGUAACAUUACACAAUAUAAAAAUAUAUUUUAUAUUGUGUAAUGUUACAAUUAAAGUAUAUUUUAUAAUCUUUUAUUGUACUACUUAUCUUUAAAUACACAUAAGAUUAUAAAAUAUACUUUAAUUGUAACAUUACACAAUAUAAAAAUAUAUUUUAUAUUGUGUAAUGUUACAAUUAAAGUAUAUUUUAUAAUCUUUUAUUGUACUACUUAUCUUUAAAUACACAUAAAAUUAUUAUUAUUACCUGGCAUUAUUCGCUGGACUCCAAGCAAUCCUAGGUGGGGAUUAUUCCACCAGUGCGAAAUACCAGGAGCAGUUGACAUGCUCCUGUCUUGUGAGUAUCCAUUUUUUAUUUUAUUUUAUAUUGGAGUUUAAUUUUACGCAGAGAACACUAUUGGCUGUCUUUUUUAUUUGAGCAUCUUUUAAACCACGGAAGGAGGAAACACGUGGAGGAUAACCAUCCUAUAUCCCAUAAGCGGGGAUCUAAACUGCUGUACGCCUUCUAUACCAGAGCAGGUCCUAGCUCUUGGAUAUGUGAGUUUGCAAUCAAGCCUUUAUAUUUUAUUCCUUACUCAUAUAGAUAUACUGCACCAUUAAAUAUACUUUAAUUGUAACAUUACACAAUAUAAAAAUAUAUUUUAUAUUGUGUAAUGUUACAAUUAAAGUAUAUUUUAUAAUCUUUUAUUGUACUACUUAUCUUUAAAUACACAUAAAAUUAUUAUUAUUACCUGGCAUUAUUCGCUGGACUCCAAGCAAUCCUAGGUGGGGAUUAUUCCACCAGUGCGAAAUACCAGGAGCAGUUGACCUGCUCCUGUCUUGUGAGUAUCCAUUUUUUAUUUUAUUUUAUAUUGGAGUUUAAUUUUAUGCAGAGAACACUAUUGGCUGUCUCUUUUUAUUUGAGCAUCUUUUAAACCACGGAAGGAGGAAACACGUGGAGGAUAACCAUCCUAUAUCCCAUAAGCGGGGAUCUAAACCGCUGUACGCCUUCUAUACCAGAGCAGGUUCUAGCUCUUGGAUAUGUGAGUUUGCAAUCAAGCCUUUAUAUUUUAUUCCUUACUCAUAUAGAUAUACUGCACCAUUGUGGUUUUGUAUUUGUUUUUAUAUCUUACAUAAGAGACGAUCCACAAGAAAGACAGAAAGCAAGACAGAAAGCAAGAGUAUUACCUCUGACUAAGCACUACGGACAUUGCAAGAUAAGACCUCUUCUGCUUUAUUUAUUUAUUUAUUUAUUUCAUCUGGACUUUUACAUAUUUAUUAUUUAAGCGCAGCCCUUUUUCUGUAUUUUUUGUGUUUCACACCUUAUAUAUGCUGUGCAAUUUUGGGCACCCUUUCUAAACAGGGAUAUUAUGGCACUAGAAAAAGUUCAGAGGCGGACUACAAAUUGUAUUAAAGGAAUGGAACAUUUCAGUUAUGAAGAAAGGUUAACAAAUUUAAACCUCAUUUAGUUUUAAAAAAAACAAAAAACGGCACCUCAGAGGGGAUAUGAUAACAUUAUACUAAUAUAUCCCGGGCCAAUACAAACCAUUGUCUGUAAAUCUAUUCACAAACAGGACUUUACAUAGGACACAAGGUCACGUGUUUAGACUGGAAGAAAGGAGAUUUAAUCAAAGUCAAAAGAAAAGUUAUUUUACAGUAAAAACAAUAAUGAUGUGAAAUUAUCUGCCUGAAUAAGUGGCCUUAUCAGAGUCCCUACAGAUGUUUAGACAGUAACUAGAUGCAUACUUACAAAAACAUAAUAUUCAAGGAUAUUUUAAAUUGUGGGGUAAUAGCUUCUUGAUCCAAGGAUAAAUCUGGCUGCCAUUCUGGGGUCAAGAAGGAAUUGUUUCCUAGUUUGUUGCAAAAUUGGAAGCGCUUCAAACUGUUUUUUUGUUUUGUUUUUUUGCCUUCUUUUGGGUUUACAGCAAAAAACAGAUGUGAGAAGGGCCCAACUUGAUAGACACAUGUCGAUUUUCAGCCUACGUAACUAUGUAACAAUAAUCUUAUUCAAGUUUUGAAAGGAAAAAUAUAUUUUUUUUAACUGAAAUAUAUGUAAAAAAUUUGAGAAACUCAUCCCUACCUUUAGUAUAUGACAGGAUCUGUAUUUAGAAAUGUUAUUCUUGCCAUUCUAUUAAGUGUUAUUUCGAUUUGUUAUACUCUGUAGAAGCUGCUGAACACAGUGAGUUUAGGCUUUGCUGCGUGCUGUGCAUCGUACAGUUCCAACGGGGAGAUGGUCACCAUUGGAAUGAGGAAUGGAGAGUUUGUGAUCCUACUUGUAAACUCUGUGAAAGUAUGGGGCAAAAAGCGAGACCGCAAGGGAGCCAUUCUGGACAUCAGGUAUUAUAUGACAUUUCUUGUUUUAUUUAGACUUUUUCCUCUUGAUGCUUCAAAUACAAUUCUUUAGGCAUUUUAUAUAAAAAUUCCCAGUAACUAUAAUAAGGUGUUGGCAUAGUAGCAGGCAUAAAUAAGCAAUAAUAAGGAGAAAACAGAAUGAUUCAUGGAUUAAAUGAGAUUAGAAUGAUUUAUUUAUAUCAUAGUGCUGUAUAGUGUGACUACUCAAUGACUGUAACGGACCCUUUUGCCCAAAAGAGGUUAAAAACCGUUUAGGCGAUAUUCCCCUUUUUCAGCUGCACCGACAGCUACUGCAAGCACCAAUCUCCUGAACUGCAAACCCACAAAUUCACCAACUCCCGAACUGCAACCAAGGGAAUACUCUAAACUCCCGAACUGCAUACCAAGGGAAUACUCGAAACUCCCGAACUGGAGACACACGAAUAGCUGCUAGCAGACGAACAGGAAAAGCCCCCAAGCGGCUUACACUCCUGGCAAUCAGUCUCUAACAGCAUGCAGUAAAUCCUCCCCCAAUAAUGAGACCACACUUCACUUUGAGGGUUAAGCAGGAACUGAUUUACUGGGGCUAACUGCCCGGCUUUUAUGCAGGUCUCCCACCUGGUGGACACUCCCCUAGGGGACCAAAUGGGAGACUGGGACACAAAGGGUAAAAGGACCAAUCACAGACUUACACAUUUCAACCAUCCCACAAUGCAUCACAAUCCCUCCUCUCUGCCCUGGAGAUAAUUGGGAAGUAAUUCAGUUAUCUCCAAAGACAGAGGCAAAACUCCAUUAACCACAUGGCAGAAAACAAACAGUAAAAGACAUAAAAUUACCUACAGUUACAUUCAGUACAUAAAACAUAUACGUUCUACAUAUCCCCAGAUAGCUCAGGUCCGAGCGCACAUUAUUAAGCGAAUGGCGCUCAGACCACACGAAUACAGUUUAAUCGCCAUGGAGCCAAAGUCUUUACACAGUCAGUUUCAUGCGAAUGGGCUCCAUGGGAUUCCUAUCUGGGGCACAACACACUCAAACAAAACUAACGCAAAACUGUGUCCAAUUUCAGUUCCAUGAAUUAAGCGUCGAACACCUCUGUGCAUUCGCAUGUUUAAAAUGGCCGCGAUCUCGUGUUCGUGAUAUGAAUGGCGGCCACCCAGCAUUCAUCAAUUAAGCUGCGGUUAACCGCAGCUUCAGGGAGGUUAAUUGCCGGCACACUCCAGCUCCCAGGUGGUCUAUUCAUUCGUGCGGUUGUUUGGUAGAUUGAAUCUACCGAACACCCGGCAGAAAAGCACGAAUAAGUCUUUUCUGCAGGGAAAAAAUAUGUCUUUUAACAUGGGGCCAUAGUCCAAAGGCAGCAGGCGAGCAACCAGGCUUCUCCAGUGUAUAGUGGCGAGGUUGGUUUCGCCACAAUGACUUUUUGUGUAUUCCUCAUUGUAUUAAUGAAUUUAAUUGCAUUUUAUAUCUUUAACUUGUAUCUUGUUCCUAGUCAGAACAUAUAUUCAUAUUUAUAUGUAAACACAAAAACACGUGGUCAUUUGGACAAAGUUAUAUAUAAUGUGAUCUGUUUCAUUCCCCAGGAUCAGUCCCGAUAACAAAUAUUUGGCCGUUGGUUCUGCAGAAAAUACUGUUGAUUUUUAUGAUAUUACACAAGGCCCGUCUUUAAACAGAAUUGGCUACUGCAAAGACAUCCCAAGCUUUGUCAUACAAAUGGAUUUUUCUGCUGACAGCCAGUAUAUUCAGGUAUAUUUUAGAUGUUUUGCAUCAUUUUUGUGUAUAAAUCAUUUUACAUAGCUUUCAAUAGAAUGAUUUUAUGUAAUCAUGUAUGUUAUGUUAUCAAGGUGGCUUAGUCACUCACAAUGUGUGGAUGGCAAGCUAAGGCAGCUAUAAGCAAGCCACCUCCCCCGUCCACCAUCAAAGCAGGAAUUUUUAUCUCCCGUGUUAUCCAACAUAAGUAUGUCUUGUGCAGUAUACUCACACCUUCUGUGCAGCUGGAAAGGGCAUUGUAGCCUUCCACUAAAGAGACAGACUACAACUCUGUGAGCCAGGCUAUGUGCUAUCUUAUAGCAGGUUAUAUGGCUGUCAUCAACUUACUGAGCAGUUCCACACAUUUCUGAUGUAUAUUUCAUCUGUAUAACUAACAGAUAUAACAGCAUGUUUUAGAAAACGUGUGCCCGAGACAGAGCAGCCCUCAAUUUUCCGAGAAUGCCAAGCAAAAUAUGCAACUAUACUGUCAGUAUUUACAUUUUCAAACAUGCAAAAUUCUACUGGCUCCUGUUUGACAAAACUACAAAAAAACUAACUUUCACUCAAGUAGAGGAAAACAAUGGGGAAAAGAGAAAUUCCAUUAAAUAAAACAAACUAUAUAUCAGGAUAUACGCCCAUAUUCGCACAAAUUGAUCACAAAUGAAAUGACAAGUUACUAAAUUAUGCAACACAUGGCUACUCAGCAAUUACAUUGGUAGAAAAUGAAUAAUAACUGGUAUGAAGAGGAAAAGCUCAGAGAUAAGUUAAUCAGUCCAUAAAUAAUCCCCUGGGAUCUCGUUACCAAACCACAAUCUGCAGGAAGCUGCAAACUAAUCCCUCAAAGCCAACCAAAACAGUAAUGUUAAGAAAGAACCCUAACUCACUGACUGCAACACAUGCACAUCAUCUAACAUCAUCAUUGGUAAAACAGAAUAUGGGAAAAAAUAUAUUAAACCAGGUAUCGUUUAUCCUAUAAUCUAUAAUUAGCUAAUCAAAGUAAGGAAAUUCAUAUAAUCAUCUGAUAUAAUGUGAUUGUGUAUCAGAUUAUUUUAAAUUCCAAGGCUUCUUUAUGUGUCAACAACAUGCAUGUCCUGGGAACAGUGACAUCUAAUGGAGAAUUUGCAACAAUCCAUGUCUUUUGUAGUCAAUAGAUAGCUAGCUGUAGGAGGGUUCCAUGUUCUCAAUGGACUUUAAAUGGAAUUCCAUUUUAGACUUGGGCAGUGUUUGAGGAACACAAAAUGAUCACUAAUAGCCGUAACAUAUGUCAUAGCCUUGUCUUAUUUGGGAGCUCUGAAAUCCAGACUAGAUUCCAAAUUGAUGGGUUUUUUUUCUUAAUAUUAAUUCGGGAGCUAGUUUUCCAUUUAGAUACCAUAUAUAUUUUCCGUGGCUUAUACAACCAUUGUUUUUGGACCAGACAUGUCGUUCAGUCUCAUUGGCAGCCUAUCUACUGUAACAUUCAUUAGUAAACCAAAUUGAAAUGAGUCUUCUGUGGUGACUCUUUGCCCAGCUUAAUAUGUGAUCUAUGCUCACAAUGCUGCACAAAACAUUGCUAUAGACAUAUCUCAAAUGUAAUGUCUUCGGGAGUGGUCCAGUAUCUAUACUGUAUUGCCUUAUUAGGUAACAUUAUAUGCAGAUAAAUAGUAAAAAAGUGAUAAUCACAAAAAAAAAAAUGUUUUCAUGAUUUUCAUUUCCAGGUAGCCACAGGUGCUUACAAGAAACAGGUACACGAGGUACCAUCAGGGAAGCAGAUAACAGAUGGUUCACUAGUAGAAAGGAUUACGUGGGCCUCGUGGACAAGGUAACCCAAACAAUUCUAUCGGAAUUGGUCUGUUAGGUUAAAGAGUGUUUUUUAGGUGCAUGAUAUUAAGACAUUGUUACGUGCCAUUCAAUCGAUUAAAGAAUAGUGGGAACAGUAGUAAAAAGAAAGUUCUAUUUUCCUGUACGGACAUUAAACUUGUCAGCUGAUUUUGCUGUUGGAGUGAUCUUGUCUUUGUAUACAUUUUUACUGUGGUAUUUCCUUGGAGUCAUCUGAUUGUGCUACUUUAUUUUUGUCCUUUGAAGCCAUAUAUACUAAAAAAAUGUGUUUUCUCUGUAUAAUUACAACAAAAUACCUAGAUCAGUGGUGCCCUAAAGCUAGAUCCCAAAUGUUUUAGAGCUCCCAUGCCUUUAGAAUGCUUUAGAAUGACAAAGCUGUAGUUUUAAUAAAUCUGGAAUAUACCUUUUGGGUACCAUUGACCUAGAUACAUACAGAAACAAAUAUGUAUCUUCUGCUACAGUUGUACUACAUACACUAAAACGUAAAUGAAUGUAGUAAAAUUAGCAAUGGUUGAGAUCGUUUUUUGUUUUUUGGAAACAUAGUCCUAAAGUUGCGUAUUACAUUGCAAUUUGCAAAUAUAACAACAUUUCCAGUUAGCAUAUGGGGGAACUAGUCAAUGAUGUAAAUCUUAUCAACAGUUUUUUCAUGUACCUGCUGCCAAUUUGCAGGUUACCUUUGAAUCGAGUUCUGUGGAAAUCCUUCUCCAGAAAAAGACAAAAAGUGAAACCAUAAAGGAGACUACUAAAAGGUAGAUCCAGAUGUUGUAGAACUACAACUCCCUUGAUGCUUUGCAUGCUUAGAAUGCCUUUACAAUGACAAAGCAUCAUGGAAGUUGUAGUUUUAAAAUAUCUGGGGAUAAACCUUUUUAUGCACCCUUGGUGUACAUUAUAAUCAGUAGUGCCUGUGAUAGGGAGCUCUGACUUAUAAACAUUUUGUGCCAUUUAUCUUUCCUAUUUUGGCUCUGACAGUCUUUCUAGGAAAUGUGUUAACUUUUUUUGGAUGGUAAAACUCCAUGAGUCGUGACAUAUGGGAUAGUCCCCCCCAACUGGAGACGUUAGAAGCACCCAUAAUGCAGUGCUUCGGCAUGCUCUUUCCUCUCUAGCCACUUCUGUAGAAUACGCAGUUCUGUUUCUGUAAUCCCUCUUGAGGUACACCUGGUCCCUCUGUUAAGCUCUGUUAAGCUCUAUUUGAUGUAGGGGCUGCUCAAAGAGUGCACAGAGUUUGCAGUGUUCUCUGCCAGUCAACAUGCGGAGUCCACUGCUUUGCUAGUCAUCUAGUGAUGCCUCCUUGUGAAAAUCCCUUAGAUUGAGACUCCUUGUGGCCAGACAGGUUUGAGCUACAGACAGGGUAUAUACUCUUUGGUGACAGAUUUUUUGGGAGUGUGCUCCACUGGCCACCUGCAAGUGCUGCACGUGUUUUAUGUGUUAUUGAGAUCAAGCUAUAUGAACAUGUGUAAAACCCAACUAAGGCCUCUAGCAUCACGCUAACAUUUGUAAUCUUAUCUGGCAGGAUUGGUAGGGUGUAUACCCCCAGUCUGCAAUAGUGCACACUGCUUGAUAUGCGGUGAGAGUUAAAAAUAAUAUUCAUAACAACAACAGCUAAAUCAUAACAAUAACCAUAGAGUCAUAAUAAGACAUUGAGUUAGAUUGUUGGGAGCCUUUAACAAUCGGCAGUGGAGUAGCAGGUGCAAGAUUAUCGGUCGUGUGUACCUUAACUGUCUAAUCUCGAAGGUUGUAUGCUAUGCUAGGACUUUCGAUAAGUGUUUUGGACUAUUAUCUCACAAUUUUAUAUUUUAUAUAAUUUUUAUAUUUUAUACUCUAUAUAUGGUUUAUUAUACAUCUUAGGCGCACCCUUACCUUUUUUAUUUGUCUAUCCUUCUCAGAGGCCUGAGUGCGUGUGGUCACCGCCUGUAUUUCCAUCUAGAGCAAGUGCUGCCGUACUUUUGCAAACCAUUGAUUUGGCAGAGUGACCGGUUACAAACAACCGAGUUACAUCACAAAGAUUAUUACUGAAUAAGCACUUAUUUUUCCUAAAAUGUAUAUAAUAAUAUAAUGUAUGUAAUGUAUACAGUAUCAAUACAACACAGUGAGCUGUGACAUCGGCUACAUUAUUACUGGAAGGGUUUUUGUGACCAUGUCAUGUUGUAUUUAUUUUACAUGAUAUACGUAUGGUACAGUGAGUUGAUACAAUGACCUAGUUACAUCAUACACACUAUUGCUGGAUGAGCUUUCAAUAUAUAUUGUAUGUGUUUAAUGCAGCAUUCUCGGAGACGAGGUCAUUGGAAUCUGGCCACGCAAUGCAGAGAAAGCCGAUGUUAACUGUGCCUGUGUGUCCCACACUGGGCUGAAUAUUGUCACCGGGGAUGAUUUUGGCCUAGUUAAACUCUUUGACUUCCCUUGCACUGAGAAGUUUGUAAGUGCUCAGUUAUAUCUGUGAAUAUUGUCUGCUUCUUAUCUCUCUUGUACUACCCUUAUUUCUUUACCUAAUUCUGAUCCAGUUCUGGAGUUAACUGUCAGUUCAUAGGAUUUUUUAAUAUUAUGUUUACUUAUCCAUAAAUGGAACAAAUAUGUAUUUUUGAGGUGUGAAAAAUAAAAUUAAAAUGUAGAACCAUGUUAAUGUAGUGGUUCUGGGGCAAAUAGCUUGUCCCUACAGCCUCAGCAGUGUAAACACUGCCUUUUCUGAGAAGAGGCAAUGUCUACACUGCUGCCUAAGGCCUACUCUAGUGGUUGUCACUCUAACAACUAGAGAGACUUAUUAGGUUCAGUUCUUCAGUAGUGAUGUCGCGAACCGUUCGUGAACUUGCCGCGAACAGUUCGUGGCGAACUCCGGUCAGCUGACACAUCACUGCCAAUCUCCGGCAGACCCUCACUCCCAGACCCUCCUACUUCCUGGACAGCAUCUAUGUUGAAGGCAGCUUCAACAUGGAUGCUGUCCAGGAGGUGGGAGGCUCUGGGAGGGAGGGUCUGCCGGAGAUUGUCAGGGAUGUGUCAGCUGACCGGAGUUCGCCACGAACCAUUCGCGACAUCACUAUUCUUCAGUGAUUGACGCUGAACUUUGUCCAUCGAAAUGCAUUGCCUCAGUGUCUCUCUAUGAGAUGCCGCUGAUUGGCCCAUAGGCUAACCUCCCAAAGCUAGAGGGGAGCAUUGAAUGAUCUCAGUGAGGGAGGCGAGGUGGCCAUACAGAGCCCGACAUGCUGGGGGAAAUAAGGUAAGUUAGUCUCUUUUUUUUAAUGCACACGGUGGGAAGCAAUAAUCUUAACUGUUACUUGGGCACAAUAGUGUUAGGAAUAAAUGUAUGCAUUCUCAACACUACAGUGUUCAUUAAACCUUUCAUGUAAAUAUAAGGAAAAAUAGAGCAUCUCAUGAAAAAGUGAAUAUAAGUUACACGUGAUUUUAAAAUGAUUUAGUCUAUGGAGUACAUCCCAUAAAAAUGACAGUUUUGCUUUAACUACCUACAAUCCUUUAUAAUUUGUGUUCACCUAUCCAGUCCAGUUUCUUGCACUCCGUGCUUCACUUUCAUUGUGAGUUUGCAGUUUCUACUUUUCCUAAUUGGCUAGCAAUAUCAGUGUAGCUGCUUCUGAAUAAGUAUCUGUCUGUUAGUCACCCAUCCCGUGAUUUGCAUGAUUUGUACCAACAUAAAUCAGCAGAGUAAUAAAAUGUAGACGAUGAGAAUGUCUGCUAGCUGGGUGUUCCCAUCAUUAGAUACUAGGGUGAGCAGAGAGAGGUUUGUGUGUUUAAUAGGCACAGGAUGAGGUCUUGUUUCCUGCCUGCUUUUUUGGGUAACUUCAUAGUUCAGACUUACAAUUUGUCAAGCCAACUGUUUGAAAGAUGGAUCCCGUGGUUUCCCCAUGCAUACUAACCUAUCAUAUCCCCUUUCAAACAGGCCAAACACAAGCGCUACUUUGGUCAUUCGGCACAUGUGACCAAUGUGCGGUUCUCACAUGACGACAAGUAUGUCAUAAGCACCGGAGGAGAUGACUGCAGGUAAUAUGGAGUAGCAUUAAAUACGAACAAUCCACCACUCACCAGCACAGCAAAGUAGAAGAUAUACAUUUCUGUAAAUAUUUCAAUGUGCGUAGUCAUCCCAACACACAGACUGCUUAUUAAACAAUAAACCUACAGAUUUCCUGCACACUUAAAUGCCAACAAUUGAGGGAGUGAGGGAGAUAAAUUUAAGACAUGCCUAGCACGGGUGUCCACUUUGUUAAAAUAUUUUUGUAGUCCUUGGCGCCAGUGUUACAUUAAAACAGAGCUAACUGCUAGCUAUAAAUAGAUGUUUUAGAAAUGCAACUCUUGAUCUAGUUUGUCUGUGGUCAGAAUUAGCCAGAGCCCUGGGGAUCUUCUGAGGGAUGACGAUAAAAAGGCUGAGAGCGUUUGUGAUUUUAGAAGUGGCUCACUAACUCUCUUUCUAAGGUCAGAAUCUAUGCAAGGAAUGUACAUCCCAACACUUAUGAAUUAAUAGCAAGUGAAAUAUUUAUUUUUUGUUAUUCUAAAAUAUACACGUACACAGAAGCAGUAUUACAUUUUUUUCAUAGGCGCCCUCAGGAUAAUAAAUAAUUCCCCUUCUAAUCGCUAUGUUGUGGGUAUCUGCUUAGUUUAAUUCAGAUAGACCUGUCUUUAAAAGGAGCCUCUCACUGAAACUGGCAGCUUUCACUGCUGUGAGGACCAGAGUCAUGUUAUCAGAGCAAUAGGACCCUAGGCCAGGUUAUCUGGAGUGAUAGGAUGGAGAACGCCAUAGGAAUUUCUAGUGCUUUCUCUCUCUUGUAGACUUGGAGUAGCAUCUAAAACACAUCCUAUUGUCUAGCAGCCUUGUAGAGAAAGUGUCUAGUUCAGGUUUAGUCUUUAAUCCUGUUCUCAGGACCUAGAAUGUCAUGUUCCCUGUUUAAUCUAAAUCAAAACACUCUUUGUAAAGACAGCGCCAGUUAACUGGUUACCAUCAUAUAUGUAGCAUGUCUACAGAAUCAUUGGAGCUGGCUUCCCAAGUAUCUUCCCCAACAAAGACCCAUUUUAGGGUAGGCAGUCAUCUUGAGAUGAGCAGAACCACAAGACAUACAUAUAUAAUUUUUCUCCCUUAUGAAGGAAUGCUCAUUUUACACCAUGAAUUGUCAUUUUGCUUUGUUUGUCUCUGCAGUGUCUUUGUGUGGAGAUGUCUUUAA